GGUACUGCGUGGAUAAGGGGGAAAAAGUUGCACGUUGAGGAUAAAGUUUUGUUUUGAGUUUCUCCUUCUAAUUGGCGUCAUCAAACUGUCAACGACUGGGAUUUUGUUUCCGUUAGUUUUACUUUAUACAAUAAACAAUUCUGUACAUUUGUGAAACGUCAAAUGUUGAACAUGUCGACGAACAACUUGUCGUAUAACGACCAAGGAGGAUCGGAUUCAGCGGUGGAGGUUGGUCAGGAGACUACCCCGACCACCAAUGCUGGAGCUGGAUUUGGCCUGUUCAGUACCAACUUUAAAAAGUAGGUCAGUUAGCUAGCUAGGAAGCAUUUUAGUAACCUGCUUGUGUGUAAGCUGUGUUUGCAACUUAAUUUGCUAGCUAACAUGGCUGCUGGUGGUAAUUAGUUAGCGAGAUAUACAGCCGCAGUGUCAACCCAGCCACAUCUCUAUGGUAGCUUCACGGUUGAAAACGCUUUUGUUGACAGCCAGCAAUGUUUGAUUUAUCGAAGAUGCCGUUUGCUUGGAAUACAUGUUGACAUAAACAAAACAGCAAAAAGAUGACGAAGAUACACCACCAGACAUUUUCUCUAACAUACACAGAUUUUACAUUCCACAUUAAUGGUGUUCCACCACGUGGUUUUAUGUUUGUAUCGUUGUGCGGGGUCAAAUUAUUCUAAAUGAAAAGUUACACGAAGAUAAUGCUAGCUGUACUAUGCACAUAGGCUAUCCUCAGUUGGAGCCGGUCUGGCUACUCAAGUCAAUUGAUGUGGUCCUCCAAGUCCCUCGGUACAAGCCAGGUAAAAAAAAAGAUCCCAUCUUCUUUCCCUCUCACUGUCAUAAACUCAAGUGAUUUACAAUAAGUCCCCAACAGUAGCAUAUAAUUGAAAUAUUGGUAAAAAUCUUUGUAAACAACCCAUUUAUAUAAAUGGAAAAAGUGAGAUGAGAAGGAACUGACUACUUGUCAAAUGUGCUCAGAUGUCAGCAAUCAGCAUCACGUAAUCCCACAGGGGGUAUGAAAAAAAAAAAAAAAAAAAGUAUAAUAAUAAUGUGACUAACUGUAAGUCGCUCUGGAGAAGAGCGUCUGCUAAAUUACGUAAAUGUGAUGAUACCACUAGAGGGCAGUCCAUCAUUUAGUCAUUUAGCAGACGCUCUUAUCCAUAGUGACUUCCAAUUAGUGAGUGCAUACAUUUUUCAUACUGGCCCCCGUGGCCAUCCUCCUCCUGUUGUCAUGUGGCUUUACUGUAAAUCCAGGCCUGUAUUCACAUAGGAUCUCAGAGAAGGUGUUCUGACCUAGGAUCAGGUCCAUAUAGCCUAAUCUUAUUCAUUAUGAUCUUGAAUACGUGCCCAGUAGUUCACUUACUCAGCUGUAUGAUUGGGUUUACUGUAAAUCAGUAUUUCCCAAACCGUGGCCUUGGAGUUAUAAUUUCACUAUCAGUAGGUUAGUCUUUCCCCAGCUGGCUCCAGACAAGGCCUCAAGUCACUGUCUUCUCUGAAGGCCAUUUUCUCCCGAAAAAAGUCUCCCAAACAGUCAGCCAUUAUCAUAUGAAAGUUAUUUCAACCUGAUUAUCAUGGAAGCUUUGAAUUAUCCACUUACUGUUAGUUUGUCUGUCUUUCUCUGCACUUGGGCCUAUUUCACAUGUAGACUAUUCAUUCUUGCAGUUUUAAGAGGUAGCCUACCCGUAUAAAGGUUUCAUUGAAAAUGUUGCAUUGUGCUCAUGUCAUCAUUAUACAAUGGAAUGUCUACCGGUAUGUCUGUUCUCUGUUGUUCUAUGUUCUUCAGUGUUCCAUGUAGCCUAGUGCUGCUCUUCAUUGCAGCGGGCAGUAGAACAGUUUCAACCAUCUCUGUCUCUGUCAAGAAGUGACAUGCUUCAGCCUAAUGUUUAAUGUGGUUUGGCCCUAAGUGAUCUCUAAGUCCUCUCACAUGAUCAGAUGAUUGGUCUGUUCAGCAGCGGGUCAGGGCCAGUAGGCCAGGUCUUUUGGUCUGGUAAUGGAGACUAGAUGACUCUUGGUUGGGCUGCUGGAGCCUGCAGGGCUGGGGCGUUGGGAAUGCCUGGAUGUGAAUGAUUACACUGUCCACCCACAAACUAUCACACACAAUGCCUAGGCUUUACUAUGAGAUCUAGUAGGGAGUCUGUCCUAAGGGAUUAUCAGUAUCACAUAGUAACUUAAUCUAGGUUUAUGUCAGGCAUUCAUACAUUUACUCACUCUAUAUUCACCAUUAGCCUAAUUCCCUUUACAUGAUGUUUUUCUGUACUCCCAAACUCAAGUCAGUGACUGAUAGCGUUGUUCUAUGAAAUCAACCCAGUAGCCCCACAUCUCUUGUAGAUCUGAAUUGAAUGGAUGUGUGUAAGCAUAGGGUAGGUGGAGGUUUUAUCAUAUUUUUAUGGCUUUUUUGAAUGAAGCUAUAUUCAUUGUUACUUUACUUGCCUUGGACGUAUAUGCAUUUCAUGUCCGUAAGCUUAAUCCUCUCUUGCACUUUAUUGCUCAUAAAGAUAUUGAUUUGAAUAAUGUCAUGUGACACAGUCAGGGUCAAAGCCACGUUCCUGUAGAUGAUCCUAUAUUGGCUGGGCUCUUGUUACCUCACGGUCCACUACUGCUCUGGCCAAGACAGAAGCACAGCACAGCAACAUGUGACUGGCUGGUUGUCCCCAAGUGAUCAGCUGCUUCCUAAAAAGCCAUAUUAUUUCAUUGUGGUUCAGUUUCCCAUGUUUUUAUAGGGAUUUGAUGAGGACCUGGCUUAGCCUAUGUGAAUUAGGCCUCCAUGUGAAGUCGGAUGAUGUAUUAGGCUAUAUGAACUGAGCCAUGUCCGACAACAUUAUCAUCCUGGUUAUAAACACUAGAGGACAUGGAAGACAGUAGUAGGCUAAAUAGCGGCAGCUGAUAAGACGGCUGAUUGGAGAGUUUAUAGUGUUUUAUCCUACUGGUCGUUAUGUGAAUGAUUGACCAGAGACUCUUCCGGGCUUGUUGGUUGUAAACUUGCUUGCCAGUCUUAAAAACCUGGAAAAUGAGACUAGGCUGGUUGAAACAUGAAGAGAGACAUGUAGAGUUGUUGGGUGUUGUACUAACUCUGUGUGGUUCUUCUGGUGGUGUGUGAUGCUUGGAGGGCUGGCAUCGCCCUUAUCUAGCCCAGACCUGGAAGCAGUUCCCUUGGAGGGCACUGGGCAGGCGUGAAGCAAUGUGCUGUGGAUGGUGGUGGUGAAAGCUGCUCACUGUUUACCCUGAGGCUGAUAAGGCCCUCCCGUUUCACAUGGAGGAAGUGGCCACAGGCACAGUCACAGGCAGAGAGAACCAAACUACCACCCAGCUACACACAGACGCAGAGAACUACAGUACGGUCAGAGGAGAAGAGGUAGAAGGGAAGAGAAGGAGAAAGUAGCCCCUGUCCGAGAGCUACAGAUCCAUCAGGCAGGAAACUUCAACCCGUCUCUGGAUUGGAUUUACAGCAAUGAGGAGUCAUAGCCUACUAGUAGCCAUUUAAAGAGGGCAACUUCAUCUUCCCACUCCCUUUAUCAUCUUAGAGCUGAGGAGGUGGCGGUCUCUUAAUUGCUUAGUAGCCUGAUACACGAGAUUAAAGAGAAGGUGCUCUCAGUCACAGCUUCAGCUUACAGAGAGGGAGAGAGCAUACCAGAGAGGGCAUGAGUAGUGUCUGUCUGUGUGUGUGUGUGUAGCAGAACCACUAAUGCUAGAUCAUUAGCCGGCAGAAUGGUUAUCCUUUGACCACUACUGUUGGUCGCUGCCUGAAGUGCAAAAGCAGGAGGAGGGAAUUAGCCACAGUGAACGCCUCAGCCAGCUGACAGUCAGGAAACGUGUGUCUGGACUCGCGGGACUGAAGUAAAUCAGUAGAAAGAGGAUAACUGGAUGACCAGGGGGAGCUCUGUCUGUGCCAGGGCGAAGGCUGGAGCUUUAGCCAGCGGAAAGGGCAUCCUGUGACUCCUCUUAUCAGCUGAGAGAGGUGGAGAAAGAAGAGCGAGGAGGACGGACAGAGAGGAGAGCAACAGAUGAAGCUGUAGCAGUAUGAACGGUCACCGGGAUUCUGAGGCGGCGGGGACUGUGAGGACAGCUCUGGUGUCUGCUGAGAACCUCCAGCUCACCUUAAAAACUGAACUCUGCCAGGAGGAGCAGCACCCUCACACACACGCCAACGGAGGCCCUGAAGAGACACACACUAAAGGGUACUCUACAGAAGUGUGUGUCUUGGCACAUGCUUGUGUAUCUCAUCACGUGCUUGUGUUGUGUGUGUGUGUCUCUUCAAGUUUACGAAAUGGCCUAGUUUCCCCAUCUCUCUAGCUCAGUGUUUCCCAAACUCGGUCCUGGGGCCCCCCCGGGUGCACAUUUUGUUUUUUGCCUUAGCACCACACAGCUGAUUCAAAUAACCACUCAUCAUCAAGCUUUGAUUAUUUGAAUCCGCUGUAUAGUGCUAGGGCAAAAACUAAAACGUGCAUCCGGGGGGGCACCAAGACCGAGUUUUGGAAACCCUGCUCUAGCUGAUUUAUUGUUUGUUGAUUGUGACAUUAUCGUGAGUCACUCACGAGUCACAGCGUGACUUUAUUUUAUCUGUGCCUGGCAACAACUCCCAAUAUGGUUAAAUUGUGUUGUGUUUUUCAUUCUCUCUCUACCCAUCCCUCGUCAUGUUGUUGUUCAAUGUGAAACAACAACAACCCAACAGUCCAUUCUGAUGCUAACAGUUUUUUUUCUUCUGUCUGACCGUACCUCUCUCAUUGAGUGGCCAGAACCCUUUCUCUGUCUCUCUCUCUACAAUCAAUGACCUGCUGUGUGGCUUCACAUUCUUCUGUGGAAGAGCGAGGGUUGUGUAGGUCUGGCUGGGUUAACAUCGUGAGAUUCUGCUUUGCUCUCUGGUUGAAGGUGUUUCCAUAGCAAAGCUAUGAUACUUUAAAUGUAUCCAGUUGAGGAUGAUGGCACGGUAAAGGGAUUAAUUGUUGAAGCUGUUGUUGAUAUAGUUUGAGCAUAGUAGACCAUAUAGAAGACUAUCCAAAUAAAAUGGUUCAGCUGGGGCCCUAUAUUGUUCUUGCAGUCAUUUGACAUUGAUGGGACUAGAAUGGUUCUCCUACCUGUAUGUGGAAGCCACUCUUGAAAAUGUAUAUUAUUGCGGAGAGGUUCGCCGCAUGACUACCAAUUUAUAGCAGGAGCUAAGUUAAUUCAGGACAUAAUGCUCUCCAUAGAUCAGUAUUAGUCUUGGUCUUGGCAGACCUUUGGCCUGUCUCCCACCAAGGGCACGGCUAGAUAUCGAUCAAGUCAGGCUGCAUACCUUUUUGUGAGAGAGGAUUAUAAUUUUCUCAAAUAACUCUGUUAUAAGUGUACCACCGUUUUCCAGUCCCAAUUCAAUGACAUUCUUCAACUCAUAAGCCUAAUGAAUUUUACACCAGUGGAAGUGUAGAAUACUUGGCUACACCGGUGGAAGUUGUCUGGUGUAAAGAAGGGCAUCCGCUAUGCAAAAAAGCAGUGUGGUAAUAUUAAAUAGCCUAUAGCAUACUGUACAUGUUCUAAUCUCUUUCUCCUCUCCACCAGGAAUGAUGACCUUAAAGAGAUGCUGGAGAGCAAUAAGGACUCACUCAAACUGGAGGCCAUGAAGAGGAUCAUUGCGGUGAGCACCACCUACACAAGCACAUUCCAGGCCUGAUAAGUGCACUUCAGCUAACUGCACUGCAAUCUCAGUUCAAGUGUACUUCAGUGUUCCAGUCUUAAGUAAAUUUGGCCGACUGUACAUUAUUGUAAAUUCCUCCUUUGAAGAAAUGAUGGACAAUUUCUCAAAAUGCAAUUUACAAUGCAGUACAUUGCAGUAGUAUACAGUAGUAUAUACAUUCGGAAAGUAUUCAGACCCCUUGACUUUUUUCACAUUUUGUUACGUUACAGCCUUAUUCUAAAAUGGAUUACAUAGUUCUUUCCCCCAUCAAUCUACACACAAUACCCCAUAAUGACAAAGCAAAAACCAGUUGUAAUUGCUAAUCUAUAAAAAAAACAAUUACGGCAAUAUCACAUUUACAUAAGUAUUCAGAUCCUUUACUCAGUACUUUGUUGAAGCACCUUUGGCAGCGAUUACAGCCUCAAGUCUUCUUGGGUAUGACGCUACAAGCUUGGCACAUCUGUAUUUGGGGAGUUUCUCCCAUUCUUCUCUGCAGAUCCUCUCAAGCUCUGUCAGGUUGGAUGGGGAGCGUCGCUGCACAGCUAUUUUCAGGUCUCUCCAGAGAUGUUCGAUCGGGUUAAAGUCCGGGCUCUGGCUGGCCACUCAAGGACAUUCAGAGACUUGUUCCGAAGCAAUUCCUGCGUUGUCUUGGCUGUGUGCUUAGGGUCGUUGUCCUGUUGGAAGGUGAACCUUCGCCCCAGUCUGAGGUCCUGAGCGCUCUGGAGCAGGUUAUGAAGCAGGAUCUCUCUGUACUUUGCUCUGUUCAUCCCCACAGCAUGAUGCUGCCACAGCCAUGCUUCACCGUAGGGAUGGUGCCAGGUUUCCUCCAGACAUGACGCUUAGCAUUCAGGCCAAAGAGUUCAGUCAGAGUCCUUUAGGUGCCUUUUGGCAAACUUCAAGCGGGCUGUCAUGUGCCUUUUACUGAGGAGUGGCUUCCGUCUGGCCGCUCUACCAUAGCUGCAGAGAUGGUUGUCCUUCUGGAAGGUUCUCCCAUCUCCACUCCUGUCAGAGUGACCAUCGGGUUCUUGGUCACCUCCCUGACCAAGGCCCUUCUCCCCCGAUUGCUCAGUUUGGCCGGGCGGCCAGCUCUAGGAAGAGUCUUGGUGGUUCCAAACUUCUUCCAUUUAAGAAUGAUGGAGGCCACUGUAUUCUUGAGGACCUUCAAUGCUGCAGACAUUUUUAGUACCCUUCCCCAGAUCUGUGCCUCGAUACAAUCCUGUCUCGGAGCUCUACGGACAAUUCCUUCGACGUCAUGGCUUGGUUUUUGCUCUGACAGGCACUGUCAACUGUGAGAUCUUAUAUAGACAGGUGUGUGCCUUUCCAGAUCAUGUCCAAUCAAUUGAAGUUACCACAGGUGGACUCCAAUCAAGUUGUAGAAACAUCUCAAGGAUGAUCAAUGGAAACAGGAUGUACCUGAGCUGAAUUUCGAGUCUCAUAGCAAAGAGUCUGAAAACUUAUGUAAAUAAGGUACACUACCGUUCAAAAGUUUGGGGUCACUUAAAAAUGUCCUUGUUUUCGAAAGAAAAGCAAUUUUUUUGUCCAUCUUUAAAAUAACAUCAAAUUUAUCAGAGAUACAGUGUAGACAUUGUUAAUGUUGUAAAUGGCUAUUAUAGCUGGAAACGGCUGAUUUUUUUAAAAUGGAAUAUCUACAUAGGCAUACAGAGGCCCAUUAUCAGCAACCAUCAGUCCUGUGUUCCAUUGGCACGUUGUGUUUGCUAAUCCAAGUUUAUCAUUUUAAAAGGCUAAUUGAUCAUUAGAAAACCCUUUUGCAAUUAUGUUAGCACAGCUGAAAACUGUUGUGAUGAUUAAAAGGCAAUAAAGCUGGCCUUCUUGAGACUAGUUGAGUAUCUGGAGCAUCAGCAAUUGUGGGUUCGAUUACAGGCUCCAAAUGGCCAGAAACCAAUAACUUUCUUCUGAAACUCGUCAGUCUAUUCUUGUUCUGAGAAAUGAAGGCUAUUCCAUGUGAGAAAUUGCCAAGAAACUGAAGAUCUCGUACAACGCUGUGUACUAUUCCCUUCACAGAACAGCACAAACUGGCUAUAACCAGAAUAGAAAGAGGAGUGGGAGGCCCCGGUGCACAACUGAGCAAGAGGACAAAUACCAUAGUGUCUAGUUUGAGAAACAGAAGUCUCACAGGUCCUCAACUGGCAGCUUCAUUAAAUAGUACCCGCAAAACACCAGUCUCAAUGUCAACAGUGAAGAGGUGACUCCGGGAUGCUGACCUUCAAGGCAGAGUUGCAAAGAAAAAGCCAUAUCUCAGACUGGCCAAUAAAAAUAAAAGAUUAAGAUGGGCAAAAGAACACAGACACUGGACAGAGGAAGAUUGGAAAAAAGUGUUAUGACAGACAAAUCGAAGUUUGAGGUGUUCGAAUCACAAAGAAGAACAUUUGUGAGACGCAGAUCAAAUGAAAAUAUGCUGGAGUAGUGCUUGAUGCCAUCUGUCAAGCAUGGUGUAGGCAAUGUUAUGGUCUGGGGGUGCUUUGGUGGUGGUAAAGUGGGAGAUUUGUACAGUGUAAAAGGGAUCUUGAAGAAGGAAGGCUAUCACUCCAUUUUGCAACGCCAUGCCAUACCCUGUGGACGGCGCUUGAUUGGAGACAAUUUCCUCCUACAGCUGGACAAUGACCCAAAGCACAGCUCCAAACUAUGCAAUAACUAUUUAGGGAAGAAACAGUCAGCUGGUAUUCUGUCUAUAAUGGAGUGGCCAGCACAGUCACCGGAUCUCAACCCUAUUGAGCUGUUGUGGGAGCAGCUUGACUGUAUGGUACGUAAGAAGUGCCCAUCAAGCCAAUCCAACUUGUGGGAGGUGCUUCAGGAAGCAUGGGGUGAAAUCUCUUCAGAUUACCUCAACAAACUGACAACUAGAAUGCCAAAGGUCUGCAAGGCUGUAAUUGCUGCAAAUGGAGGAUUCUUUGACGAAAGCAAAGUUUGAAGGACACAAUUAUUAUUUCAAUUAAAAAUCAUUAUUUCUAACCUUGUCAAUGACUACAUUUCCUAUGCAUUUUGCUCAAUUUCCUAUUCAAACUCAUUUCAUGUAUGUUUUCAUGGAAAACAAGGACAUUUCUAAGUGAUCCCAAACUUUUGAACAGUAGUGUAUAUCAUUUUUUUAUAUUCAGUACCAGUCAAAGGUUUGGACACCUACUCAUUCCAGAGUUUUUCUUUAUUUUUACUAUUUUCUAUAUUGUAGAAUAAUAGUGAAGACAUCAAAACUAUGAAAUAACACAUAUGGAAUCAUAUAGUAACCAAAAAAGUGUUAAACAAAUCAAAACACAUAUUUUAUAUUUGAGAUUCUUCAAAUAGCCACCCUUUGCCUUGAUGACAGCUUUGCACACUUGGCAUUCUCUCAACCAGCUUCAUGAGGUAGUCACCUGGAAUGCAUUUCAAUUAACAGGUGUGCCUUGUUAAAAGUUACAGUGAGGGGAAAAAAGUAUUUGAUCCCCUGCUGAUUUUGUACGUUUGCCCACAGACAAAGAUAUGAUCGGUCUAUAACUUUAAUGGUAGGUUUAUUUGAACAAUGAGAGACAGAAUAACAACAAAUAAAUCCAGAAAAACGAUAUCAAAAAUGUUAUAAAUUGAUAUGCAUUUUAAUGAGGGAAAUAAGUAUUUGAACCCUCUGCAAAACAUUACUUAGUACUUGGUGGCAAAACCCUUGUUGGCAAUCACAGAGGUCAGACGUUUCUUGUAGUUGGCCACCAGGUUUACACACAUCUCAGGAGGGAUUUUGUCCCACUCCUUUUUGCAGAUCUUCUCCAAGUCAUUAAGGUUUCGAGGCUGACGUUUGGCAACUCGAACUUUCAGCUCCCUCCACAGAUUUUUUUAUGGGAUUAAGGUCUGGAGACUGGCUAGGCUACUCUAGGACCUUAAUGUGCUUCUUCUUGAGCCACUCCUUUGUUGCCUUGGCCGUGUGUUUUGGGUCAUUGUCAUGCUGGAAUACCCAUCCACGACCCAUUUUCAAUGCCCUGGCUGAGGGAAGGAGGUUCUCACCCAAGAUUUGACGGUACAUGGCCCCGUCCAUCGUCACUUUGAUGCGGUGAAGUUGUCCUGUCCCCUUAGCAGAAAAACACACCCAAAACAUAAUGUUUCCACCUCCAUGUUUGAUGGUGGGGAUGGUGUUCUUGGGGUCAUAGGCAGCAUUCCUCCUCCUCCAAACACGGCUCGAUUUUGGUCUCAUCUGACCACAACACUUUCACCCAGUUCUCCUCUGAAUCAUUCAGAUGUUCAUUGGCAAACUUCAGACGGCCCUGUAUAUGUGCUUUCUUGAACAGGGGGACCUUGCGGGCGCUGCAGGAUUUCAGUCCUUCACGGCGUAGUGUGUUACCAAUUGUUUUCUUGGUGACUAUGGUCCCAGCUGCCUUGAGAUCAUUGACAAGAUCCUCCCGUGUAGUUCUGGGCUGAUUCCUCACCGUUCUCAUGAUCAUUGCAACUCCACGAGGUGAGGUCUUGCAUGGAGCCCCAGGCCGAGGGAGAUUGACAGUUAUUUUGUGUUUCUUCCAUUUGCGAAUAAUCGCACCAACUGUUGUCACCUUCUCACCAAGCUGCUUGGCGAUGGUCUUGUAGCCCAUUCCAGCCUUGUGUAGGUCUACAAUCUUGUCCCUGACAUCCUUGGAGAGCUCUUUGGUCUUGGCCAUGGUGGGGAGUUUGGAAUCCGAUUGAUUGAUUGCUUCUGUGGACAGGUGUCUUUUAUACAGGUAACAAGCUGAGAUUAGGAGCACUCCCUUUAAGAGUGUGCUCCUAUUCUCAGCUCGUUACCUGUAUAAAAGACACCUGGGAGCCAGAAAUCUUUCUGAUUGAGAGGGGGUCAAAUACUUAUUUCCCUCAUUAAAAUGCAAAUGAAUUUAUAACAUUUUUGACAUGUGUUUUUCUGGAUUUUUGUUUUGUUAUUCUGUCUCUCACUGUUCAAAUAAACCUACCAUUAAAAUUAUAGACUGAUCAUUUCUUUGUCAGUGGGCAAACAUACAAAAUGAGCAGGGGAUCAAAUACUUUUUUCCCUCACUGUAAUUUGUGGAAUUUCUUUCCUUAAUGCGUUUAAGACAAUCAGUUGUGUUGUGACAAGGUAUGGGUGAUAUACAGAAGAUAGCCCUAUUUGGUAAAAGACCAAGUCCAUAUUAUGGCAAGAACAGCUCAAAUAAGCAACGAGAAACGACAGUCCAUCAUUACUUUAAGACAUGAAGGUCAGUCAAUACGGAACAUUUCAAAAACUUUACGUUUCUUCAAGUGCAGUCGCAAAAACCAUCAAGCACUAUGAUGAAACAGUUUCAUUAGAUUUACCAGGCUCAGAAAUUGCAGCCCAAAUAAAUGCUUCACCGAGUUCAAGUAACAGACGCAUCUCAACAUCAACUGUUCAGCAGAGACUGCGUGAAUCAUGCCUUCAUGGUCGAAUUGCUGCAAAGAAACCACUACUAAAGGACACCAAUAAUAAGAAGAGACUUGCUUGGGCCAAGAAACACGAGCAAUGGACAUUAGACCGGUGGAAAUCUGUCCUUUGGUCUGAUGAGUCCAAAUUUGAGAUUUAUAGUUUCAACCGGCGUGUCUUUGUGAGACGCAGAGUAGGUGAACGGAUGAUCUCUGCAUGUGUAGUUCCCACCGCGAAGCAUGGAGGAGGUGUGAUGAUGUGGGGUGCUUUGCUGGUGACACUGUCUGUGAUUUAUUUAGAAUUCAAGGCACACUUAACCAGCAUGGCUACCACAGCAUUCUGCAGCGAUACGCCAUCCCAUCUGGUUUGGGCUUAGUGGGACUAUCAUUUGUUUUUCAACAGGACAAUGGCCCAACACACCUCCAGGCUGUGUAAGGGCUAUUUGACCAAGAAGGAGAGGGAUGGAGUGCUGCAUCAGAUGACCUUGCCUCCACAAUCACCCAACCUCAACCCAAUUGAGAUGGUUUGGGAUGAGUUGGACCUCGGAGUGAAGGAAAAGUAGCCAACAAGUGCUCAGCAUAUGUGGGAACUCCUUCAAGACUGUUGGAAAAGUAUUCCAGGUGAAGCUGGUUGAGAGAAUGCCAAGAGUGUGCAAAGCUGUCAUCAAGGCAAAGUGUCUACUUUGAAGAAUCUCAAAUAUAAAAUAUACUUUUUUGGUUACUACAUGAUUCCAUAUGUGUUAUUUCAUAGUUUUGAUGUCUUCACUAUUAUUCUACAAUGUAGAAAAUAGUAAAAAUAAAGAAAAACCCUUGAAUGAGUAGGUGUGUCCAAACUUUUGACUGGUACUGUAUAUAAAUUAGCAAAAAUUGAUAAAAACCUGUUUUCACUUUGGCAUUGUGGGGUGUUGUGUGUAGAUUGAUGAGGAAAAUCAUUUAAUCAAUUUUAGAAUAAGGCUGUAACAUAAGAAAAUGUGGAAAAAGAGAAGUGGUCUGAAUACUUUCUGAAUGCACUGUAUGUACAGUGUAAUAACACAUUGAAUACUGUGUUGAAACAUGCAAGUGAUAUUGUGUCUGCAGCUGAUCGCCAAGGGGAAGAAUGCUUCCGAGCUGUUCCCAGCAGUGGUGAAGAACGUGGCCAGUAAGAAUAUAGAGGUAUGUGGUCAACCACACACUCAUGCACAGAGCAUCCAUUGUAUUUGCAUAACGUUUAGUACAUUCUAUCUAAGACAAGAUGGAUGAGAUUGCUCCCACUGCCAGGAAGAGAUCACAGAACCACUGCCUGGUAAUAUUGAUCAGCGGAAUUAACGGGCAGUACGAGGGGCAGCCUGUGAGGUGUGUGUGGGGCAGCCCAGCCCGUGGUAGGGAACUGGAGCAUGUGGGUGGGGGUAAUUGGCAGAGGAUAGCCCAUGGUCACGUCUCCUCUCUCUCCCCUCACACACACACACCAGCUGCUAGGGUAGUGCUAGGUCCCUCUCUGUGGCCCGCUCUCAUUCUCGCUCUCUCUCACUCUCUGUCCUCACUUCUCUGCGGGCAGCUCAGUCACUCUGUCUAUCUUGUCCCCCACUCCUCCCCCACUCUCCCCUCUCUGCUGCUUUGCUGUGUGUUAUUGAUUGUCUCUAAUCAGAAAGCAGCACUGGAGGACACAGAUUAUUGACGGAAUAGUGUGAUUUAAUAUCAGGAUGCUUUGUUUACUUCAACCAGCGCUAGCAACAACACCCUAAGACUAGAAAGCCUUGAGGUGUGUGUGUAUGAGUGGGAGAUGGAGGGCUAUAUGGAGUAUGGUUAUAGGUAUCUGAUAACUGAUCAAAUAAUGGAAAUUAAAUCCCUAGCAUAUUUGAUUAGUAUUCCUAAAUUUGAGCAUCUAUUUCUGUGAUGUUUUCGAUAUGUGAUUCCCCUUAGACAUGGCCAGAUGGGUUAUGUCCCCUCUUAGACUCAGUAAUGAUGUUAAUUCACCCACUAAUUACAGCAAUGAUGAUUGAAAACCACAGCUGAACCUCCCCUUGUACACACACUUAGCACACCGAAUAACACUGAAGUGAAUCAUGAAAUGGCCAACCUUUAAAGGGAUACUUCGGGAUUUUGGCAAUGAGGCCCUUUAUCUACUUCCUCAGAGUCAGAUGAAACCGUGGAUACCAUUUUUAUGUCUGUGUCAAGUAUGAAGGAAGUAAGAGGUCGUUUUGUGAGCCAAUGCUAACUAGAGUUAGCGCAGUGACUGGAAGUGUAUGGAUAUCUGCUAGCAUGCUAGCACAUACCCAUAGACUUCCAGUCAUUGCGCUAACGCUAGUUAGCAGUUGCGCUACUUAGCAACUUCCUUCAUACUGGACGCAGAGACAUAAAAAUGGUAUCCACAAGUUCAUCUGACUCCUUUAACUCCCAGUCGGACACUUGACAGAUAAUAAUAAUAUGCCAUUUAGCAGACGCUUUUAUCCAAAGCGACUUACAGUCAUGCGUGCAUACAUUUUUGUGUAUGGGUGGUCCCAGGGAUCGAACCCACUACCUUGGCGUUUCAAGCGCCGUGCUCUACCAGCUGAGCUACAGAAGACCACAUUAACUCAGUCUCCCCUACGUGUGAAGAGAGAAGCGAGGAGGGGGAAGAAGUCAAACAAAAACUUUUUUAGCUCAUUCUCUGCUCUCCCUGAAACAAAAUGGGAUCUAGACUGUAAUAAUAUCAAACAGGAACACUUUCAACCUCUGCUAAAACAACCAACCCAAGAAAUACAUCUGAAGUCUAGCCAAAGCACCAUUCUCUCCACUGUGUCCAAGAAUAGUGUUACCCUAAACAUUUUGUAAUGUGUACUGAGCUCAACCCAAAAGUGAAUCACAUAGACUUGGGAUUUCUUCAAUGACUAAUUCAAAGUGUGUAUUCCAGCUGAAGAAGUUGGUGUAUGUGUACCUGGUGAGGUAUGCUGAGGAGCAGCAGGACCUGGCUCUACUGUCCAUCAGCACCUUUCAGAGGGCCCUCAAGGUAACACGUAUGUGUGUGGUGUGUGCACAGCAGGCUUUGAUGCUGAGCGUUUUUACCAUUUGAAUUCCCACACACUCAUACAGGUCUUGGAAGAAACUAUCAUGUUUGGUAUGUACGUGUAUAAAGGUGUGAGAGUGUGUGUAGGACUAUUGAGCCAUUAACGAGACGCUGUCUGUCUCUAUGUAAGUUCUGUGGACAACACCCAUUCACCCUGAUGUGUCUCAGGCCCCAGAGCUGGAAAACCCAUUUCAGCCCCUGCUAGCUCUACACCAUGCUUCACUUCCUCCCAGCAUGUAUGUGUGUCUGCUUUGUGUGUGUGUGUGUGUGUGUGUGUUUGGAGUGUAGUACUGUAUUAUGUCUUCAGUAUCUCUUAACCCAAACCACAUGAGAGAUUUCUGUCUCCAGUUCUUUAUUUUUUAUCUUUUACUUUCCUCAGUCUGUCUCAAUGUGUACAUCUUUGUGGAAGUGUCUAUGUGUGCGUGUGUGUGUGCGCACUUGUGAAUGUGUUAAAAAUAAUCCUAAUAUCCCCUAUCUGUCCUCUACCAGGACCCUAACCAGCUGAUCAGAGCCAGUGCUCUGAGGGUUCUGUCCAGCAUCAGAGUCCCCAUCAUCGUUCCCAUCAUGAUGCUGGCCAUCAAGGAGGCUGCCUCCGACAUGUCCCCUUACGUCAGGAAAACAUCCGCUCACGCCAUCCAGAAACUCUACAGGUAGUGUGUGUGUGUGUGUGUGUGUGUGUGUGUAAAGCAAUGGAACUGGGAGUGGAAUCAAAGCUUUCCUUAUCCUUCUCCUUAGCCUGGAUCCGGAUCAGAAGGAGCACCUGAUAGAAGUAAUUGAGAAACUACUGAAGGACAAAAGCACAGUGAGUAAAACCAUUUCACAUUACCAGCUAAUCAAAAUAAUUUUGGGGAUGGUAAAAUGUUUUCAGUGUAAACUUAAACGACUAGACCAAGAUAUAAAAUAUGUAGAAAGAUAAUGGAGCUAUAUAUUUUUUUUAGAAGACUAUCUUUGAGACUAACAAUCACCAAAAUAAAACUAGACAGUCAGGGAGAAUCUAAAAUUCCCCAAAUGUCAUGCAUGGCAUGGGGCCCCCAUUGAUUUUAUGUUUGAGUCACUCCAAUGGCAUAAGAACAUGGGAUAAGACGUGACAAAAUGUGUAGUAUCACAGGAAACCAGUUUUACAACUGUAAAAUGCCCCAUGUCAAAAUAUGUAGAAUUGCAGGAAAUUUGCUUUAAAACAGCAACAUUUUGUAUCUGCUGCCAACAGGAUUGCCCCCCAACGCUAACUUUGCCACAGCUAGAAAAAAUCCUUAGAGGAAACACUGGAGACCUCACAAAACAAACGCCAUACAGGAAAACCGGCAUGCCAUGAACAAAGCAGUAAUAAUCAUGGAUUAGAUAGGUUUUCAUCUAUUUCAUUCAUUUGAUAUCAGACAGGUUCAGCGGUCAGUCCCUACUCUCUUAAUGCAUUAAUUCAAACCAAAUCCAUAAUGUCACUACUACCGCUAGUCCACUAGGUGCAGUAAUCCCAUCCAACCACCAGAGGGUGCUCCACUCCAACAGAACAGUUCCCCUCAUCAUUACACCUAUCUCUCUCUCUCUCUCUCCUCAGCUCAGCUCAUUCACCAAUGCCAUGCUUUGUUAGCGCCCACUUAACUAGGAGCAUCUGAAGUUGUGUGGAUUUAACUGUCCAUUUAGAAAGGCAUUCUCUCACUGAUGCUGGUGUCACCUUAAUUUGCUUGCUAAGGCCAAGUUAUUUUUUCUAGAUUAGCCUGAUGGUGUUCUCCAACUAGUGUUUGAAGCAGCUAGCCAGUCACAAAUACAGCGUCUCCUUUUGCUAUUAGGAUAAUAGAUAGCGCAUAUUCUCCAGAAGGUCACAAUAAAUACAUAAAUGCUCUUAUAAAGGCUAGUUAAAUAAAUGUAAAUUGUGUACGUGCUGAAGUUAGCAUAUAGAAUGCCCUUUUACAUGUUAGUAAAUACAAACCAUACACGGUCUCUCUCGCUCUCGCAAUUACGUAUUCAUUGCAUGCAUCUCUCAUUAUAUAAAAUAACCCGUAGCACUAAGGAGGGGGGGGGGGAGCCCAGGACCAGAUGCAUAGCAUAUUUAGCUUCAGUCACUAACGAAGAUAGAUGAUUUCUCCCCAUUGAAACACUCUCUCAAUGAGGCUAGCUGGCUGGGGGACAUGGAGAAAGGGCACAGUCACACAAGUCCAUGCGCUGUGUUUUGUACUGGAAGAAGAUUAAUAAGACCGGAAUGCUAAUGACUUUUCGGGGGUAUUUUUGUGUUAUGAUUGUUAUUAGAAUUUCAGAGAGCUUCUAUACCAAUUUAUUUAUUGCCAGUUUAAGCUCUUUGCUUUCUGUCGGUGAUCUAUCGUGUUGUUUGUCCUCUUAUUCAAAGGACAUCUGCAUUUAUAUGGAUAAAAUUCUCUUUAUUUUGACCAAAGCAUCAUAAGAACCAUCUUUGAAUGUAUUUUACAAAUAUCUUGUAUUACCUGUUUUAUCAACGUUCAUCCCACAGUAGUAUUUCAAAUCAAACUUUAUUUAAAGUGCAUUUACACAAGAUGUCACACAAUAUACACUUGGCAGACUAGGCAGGUUUUCACCUGGAGAAAAAUAAAGCUUUAAGCUGAUAUUCCCCUUCACAUUGAGAUAGCAACCUGCUAUCAUUCUGGAGAGUGAGAAUCACAGGCUGACCAUGUAGAAAUGGACUGUGUUCCACGAGUGUCUGGGACAGGAUAUAAAGCUGAGGUGUCCCAGACAUGCGGUCCAGGAGCCAAGUGUAGCCCACCUCCAUCAGAUCUGAUGUGUCCCCUGCCUGUGCCCCAAAACUAGCCUCCACCAUUAUUAGAAAUGAUUGUGCGUUGUAUAAAUAAGGAUUCUCAAAAAGGCAUUGAAUUCACAGUUAUGUUGGGUAUGUUACAAUGUAAGUAUAUUUAGAGAGAUAUAAAAAAAGAUAUUUGGCUGUCUUAGUUCUUGCUCCUUUGUAGCCUUCGUGACAUUGGUCUGAACGGUGAUGGCCCCUUUAGGCUAAAUGAGCGUGACACCCCUGGUUAAAGAGAGGAUGGUGAGAAGAGAAGGGCUGUUGAGAGAGAGAGAGAGAGCGAGAGAGAAACAACACAGGAGGUUGUGCAGCUGUUUCAAUGUGAUGGAUCUAUUAUCCAGCCAUUACAUGAUAAAUGAUCGAUCCCUCCCAUCCCGGCGCUCUGCCUCUCCCUGCACCUCCUGCAAAAUUGAAAUGAGAACAGGGAGGAGUGUGUGUGUGGUAUGAUUAGGGGCUAGGUGGGAAGCCCAUUCAUUUAAGAGAAAGAGGAGGGAGGAGAUAGAAAAAUGGAGGAGAGGAUAGAGAGAACGCAGGGAGGGUAGGCUGACUGACCCUGCGCCGUGCCAUCAAUCAAGGCCACCCAGCACUCGCCGCCUCCCUGGUGCCCUAAUUAGAAUUCAUGACAAAAUAGAUGCAAGGAAAUGGUUUGGGCCCCUCAUAAUUUUAUAGGAAAUUUAUUGUUAUUAGAGGAACCAUUUGCUUAGUGUGAUUUUUCCAUUACUGGCUUGUCACGUAGUGUAGAUAAUAUGGUGGAAGUGGAUGGGGGAGGGAGGGGGAGGGAUGGUUGUGAACUCCAUAGAUUGGGGUGUCAGUUUUGUUGAUGGCGCAUGUAGUUUACCUGCGUCUAAUGGGGGAAGUUGAGAGGGAGGUUGGGGAGAGGGACGGGGGGAGAGGUACCGAGAGAGGAAGGGAGAGCGAGAGAAUGCACAAAGAGAGGCUGAGGAGGCAGGCCCAGAGACUGUCUGUAAAUGGCUUAGAGAGAGAGAGACAGACAGACGUCGGAGGGAACAUAACACUGGCCUGAGAUACUAGAAACAUCAGUGUAUCCAUUGACACACACGGGCACAUUCUCGCAAAGUUCCUGUUCAAGUCCUGUCAGUACUAUACUCCAAUAUAAGGGCUAUGCACUAGAUGAGGUUUGCAGAGUUGGAACUUUACAUCCAGUAUCUGUUAGUUCUGAGACCAAGCACACUUUGCAUAACAAUUAUAAACCACACAUACAUUUCCCAGCUAGGCCACUUUCCAAUUAUAAAUCACAAGCACGCAUGUUCAACUCUGCUUAUAUGAGGUUUCUUAUUGCCUGUGGGUUUCCUAAUUGCUUGCUAAACCGAGUGCUUAAACAAUAUGUUCCUUGCCUCUGUUUUGAUUUGUUUCGCCCAUAUGUUAUUUAUUUUUUACCGAACAGCUUCUUUUUAAUUAAAAAACUUAAUAUUGGUUGCAAAGUUAGGCUACUCCCAAACACGCAUUUUACCUCGCACACCUUUUCUGUAGUUUUACCAGUCAUUGAGAAGCCUACUCCCUAAAGCUGUCCAGAUUGUUGAAUGAUUAGCGCUUCGGUUCCCAGCUCCCCAAUUGUCAGAGGGCCUCAAACGCACACGCGCACACACACAAUCAAUGCAGCUGCACGUCAGGGCUGAUGGGUAAACGUACAGGGUUUCCACAGGGGCCACCAGGGGCCAGUCUUUUCUAAUGGGAGAGACCGGAUCCGCCACCCCUCUCCUCGCCUCCCCUACUCCUUCCUUGUCCCCCCUUGCCUCUCUGCGUUAAUGCUGUUUGCAUAUUAAUACACAGCCAUGUCAAUCAGUCAGUCUGCCAGCCAGCAGCACUAUAGGAAUAGAAUACGGACCAGACAAAUUGAUUUUUUUCUCCCAAUAAAAUGUACUUGAUUGCCCCCCCCCCCCCCCCCGUCCCUUUCCUCCCUCUCUCCCUCCAUCCUCCCACUUCCCCCUUUCUCUUGUCUCAUGAAUAGAACAUGAAAUUAGUUAUGAGUUGAAGGAAAAAUUAAAAGUCUGUGGUAAAAUCUGAGAAAUAUUUAGGUUGUGUAUGAGCGAUGGAAGGAUGCCUUUUACCAUGGUGAUGCAAAAUGAGAUUUGUUCAGUGUAGACUUUAAAUGCUGUAAUUUUCCACCCAGUUAUUCCUCUCCUGUCUGGUGCCUGGCUCUUUGCUGUAAUCUAACUGUUCAUAAACACAAUUCUUGCUUUUAGAUCAUGAAGUACACUCUGUCUUUCUAACCAAGACGUAACCGUAUGAUGUGCUCAGACUAGAGCAGGGGUCUCCAAGUCGGAUCCUGGAGAGUUACUGAGUGUGUAGGCUUUUACUCAAGCCCUGCAGUAACACAAUGUCUCCUCCUAUAGCUGGUAGCGGGCAGCGUGGUGAUGGCCUUUGAGGAAGUGUGUCCGGACCGUAUUGACCUGAUCCAUAAGAACUACCGUAAACUCUGUAAUCUACUGGUGGAUGUGGAGGAGUGGGGUCAGGUGGUCAUCAUCUCCAUGUUGACACGCUACGCCAGGACACAGUUCACCAGCCCCUGGAAAGAGGUGAGGGAUGGAGUAGGGGGGUCAGGUGGUCAUCAUCAUGUUGACCGAGCGCACCAGCCCCUGGAAAGAGGUGAGGGAUGGAGGAGGGGAGUCAGGUGGUCAUCAUCAUGUUGACCGAGCGCACCAGCCCUUGGAAAGAGGUGAGGGAUGGAGGAGGGGAGUCAGGUGGUCAUCAUCAUGUUGACCGAGCGCACCAGCCCCUGGAAAGAGGUGAGGGAUGGAGGAGGGGAGGGAGGAGUGGGGUCAGGUGGUCAUCAUCAUGUUGACCGAGCGCACCAGCCCCUGGAAAGAGGUGAGGGAUGGAGGAGGGGAGUCAGGUGGUCAUCAUCAUGUUGACCGAGCACACCAGCCCCUGGAAAGAGGUGAGGGAUGGAGGAGGGGAGGGAGGAGUGGGGUCAGGUGGUCAUCAUCAUGUUGACCGAGCGCACCAGCCCCUGGAAAGAGGUGAGGGAUGGAGGAGGGGAGGGAGGAGUGGGGUCAGGUGGUCAUCAUCAUGUUGACUGAGUGCACCAGCCUGUGGAAAGAGGUGCGAGAUGGAGGGAUGGAGAACGAGAGCAAGAAGAGUGAAAGAGAGGCGAAUACAUGGUUUGUAUCAGAACAGUGUAGUGAAGCCCUUUUAUUUUACUUUGAGAUUUGAGAUGAAUAAGAUGUAAUGGCUUCUCUUGAAAGUCUCUCUUAAGCGGACCAGGAAAGGGCUCAGGUAAGAGACUAAACACCAGAUAUCUAUAGAACAUCAACACUGAGGUAUUAAGGUAAUUAUUGAUUCAGUGUGAUGAGUCAAAUAUAGCCUAUAUUUAGUUAUUUCAACAAUAGACAUGAACCGUGCGUGUUGUUGAAAUGUACUGUAGGUCUUGAAUCAGCUAUUUGUCACCCAGCGUAAUCUUCCAGUAGGUGACGGUGACGUGUAAACAUCAUGUAUUUAAAAGAAACCCUACACAAGAUGUGCUUUCAGUAUCUAUCUGUUGUUUAUUGUCAUUACUUGACGAAGGUCAAAAGACCAAAACGUUGGCGUAGUAAGAAAGUGAUACUUAGCGAGCGCACUUCUCCAACUCACCUGCAAGCAACUUGUAGAUGUGCGUAUGCAUCUGGCUUGAUAAAUUGACAUGUUGAGUUGACAUGAUGAGGUGACACCUGAAUGUAAAUAUGUGGCUGAUGUGCUAUCACAUUGGCAUGUGUGCUGUGUAUGGCAGUGAAAUAAAAUGACAGAAUGAAAGACACCUGUGUGUGUUUCAGGACGGUCUGUUUGAUGAGAACAGUGAGAGGGCGUUCUAUGAGUCUGAUGAGGAGAAGACAGAAAAUGAGAAGGAGGCCAAGUCCUACAUGAUGGACCCCGACCACAGACUGCUCCUCAGGAACACCAAGCCUCUACUACAGAGUAGAAACACUGCCGUGAGUCACACACGCGCGCACACACACACUGUUCCGAGUCUCUCUCACACACACACACACGGAUGUAUAAACACACACGCAUGCAGCAGUAAACUGUGUGUGUGUGUGAGACAGUGUUGACGGCUGUUGAACCUGCUGGCUGUGAGGGAUACAGGCAGCCUUGAUGAAGGCGUCUGAGUAUGGGGUUCUGUUUUCACUCCUUCCGCACAGCUGUCUCUGGAACCAAGGCUACGCCACGACUGAUGCUGCCGCUGCGCACACACACACACACACACUGUGAGCAGGUCUCCAUCACCCAGGAGACUCGAGGUCUGUGUGGCAGUGUAGCAGCGGGAGGAAAAAUUGUCCCAAGUGAGCAUGUUGCUUAAAAUGCGACAUGUUGUUUCUUUAACAGAGAGAACACGAUGCGGCCCUCCAUCUUACCGACACUUACCGUCACUUCUUCCAAAUGUCACUCCUCAGUCCUUACUCUGGCUAUCUGUUACCUUCUAAAUUACAUUCCUCACAUUUAAUAACAUAUGGCACUUGACUUUGGUGUUGCUGUUUGAUAUAUGGAGCUUUAAAAGCUUUGUGUCCAGAGGGAAGAGAAAAGACCCAUCCUACAUGAGGAGUAGAUACAGCACUGCCUGGUCCCAGGGCUAUUUGUAUUGUCUUGCCGAAUCCUAUGGUCUGUGACACCAAAGAAUGGCUUGACAAUGACCAUAGGACUUGGCAAGACAGCACAAAUUCAACUGGGACCAGCCUAGAUACAGCAUGACUGGAGUUGAGAAACACUGCCUGUAUUUGAGGCGUGGCUAGACGGCCAUGUUAGAUGUGUCUGUUGAUGUCUGUUGUCCGCUGUCGGUCAGGUGGUGAUGUCAGUAGCCCAGCUAUACUGGCACCUGGCUCCUAAACACGAGAUCAGCAUCGUCACCAAGUCACUGGUCAGACUGCUCCGAAGCCACAGGUACGCCCCAACCCCACUCUUUCUUUCUCUUUUCUCUCUCACCCUCCCUCCAUUGUUGUGAGGACAAAAAAGGCACUUAAUCAUGUUUCCCUUCUGUCUCGCCCUGUCAGAGAGGUGCAGUACAUUGUGUUACAGAACAUAGCCACCAUGUCUAUCCAGAGGAAGGUAAGGCUCUAAACAUGGCUUCUUCAGUGUCAACUGCAGGACAGAUAAUUGCGUGUGUUACCUGUUACUGUUUUAUUACCAGAGUGGCUGCGUGACCAGAUUCUCUGGACGCCUCUUGCCGAGAUAGCUUAACAACCGUACCUUCUGCGCAUGUGCUACGUCUGGCGAUGAUCAGAAAAUGAUGUCUUGUCUGUUGUAACUAUAAACGACAUGAUCGAGAUGUUGUAGACUACAAAAUUCUGUAGUGACUAUAAUAAACAUGGUCGACAUGUUGUACAAACUUCGUUGUCUGUUUUAACUAAUAACAUUGCAGUAUUACAAAGAAAAGCAGGACACUCAGUCUUAAGUAGCGAUUUAAUAUGCUUUUUUCAGAUGGGAAGUCGGAAAUUUACAUACACCUUAGCCAAAUAUAUUUAAACUGUUAUUCACAAUUCCUGACAUUUAAUCCUAGUAAAGAUUCCCUGUUUUAGGUCAGUUAGGAUCACCACUUUAUUUUAAGAAUGUGAAAUAGAAUAAUAGUAGAGAGAAUUAUUUAUUUCAGCUUUUAUUUAUUUCAUCACAUUCCCAGUGGGUCAGAAGUUUACAUACAAUCAAUUAGUAUUUGGUAGCAGUCUUUAAACAUUUUAACUUGGGUCAAACAUUUUGGGUAGCCUUCCACAAGCUUCCCACAAUAAGUUGGGUGAAUUUUGGCCCAUUCCUCCUGACAGAGCUGGUGUAACUGUGUCAGGUUUGUAGGCCUCCUUGCUCGCACACGCUUGUUCAGUUCUGACCACAAAUGUUCUAUAGGAUUGAGGUCAGGGCUUUGUGAUGGCAACUCCAACACCUUGAUUUUGUUGUCCUUAAGUCAUUUUGCCACAACUUUGGAAGUAUGCUUGGGGUCAUUGUCCAUUUGGAAGACCCAUUUGCGACCAAGCUUUAACUUCCUGAAUGAUGUCUUGAGAUGUUGCUUCAAUAUAUCCACAUAAUUUUCCUUCCUCAUGAUGCCAUCUAUUUUGUGAAGUGCACCAGUCCCUCCUGCAGCAAAGCACCCCCACAGCAUGAUGCUGCCACCCCCGUGCUUCACGGUUGGGAUGGUGUUCUUUGGCUUGCAAGCCGUCCCCAUUUUCCUCCAAACAUAACGAUGGUCAUUAUGGCCAAACAGUUCUAUUUUUGUUUCAUCAGACCAGAGGACAUUUCUCCAAAAAGUACGAUCUUUGUCCCCAUGUGCAGUUGCAAACCGUAGUCUGGCUUUUUUAUGGUGGUUUUGGAGCAGUGGCUUCUUCCUUGCUGAGCGGCCUUUCAGGUUAUCUCGAUAUAGGACUCGUUUUAUUGUGGAUAUAGAUACUUUUGUACCCGUUUCCUCCAGCAUCUUCACAAGGUCUUUUGCUGUUGUUCUGGGAUUGAUUUGCACUUUUCGCACCAAAGUACGUUCAUCUCUAGGAGACAGAACGCGUCUCCUUCCUGAGCGAUAUGACGGCUGUGUGGUCCCAUUGUGUUUAUACUUGCGUACUAUUGUUUGUACAGAUGAAUGUGGUGCCGUCAGACGUUUGGAAAUUGCUCCCAAGGAUGAACCAGACUUGUGGAGGUCUACAAUUAUUUUUCUGAGGUCUUUGCUGAUUUAUUUUGAUUUUCCCAUGAUGUCAAGCAAAGAGGCACUGAGUUUGAAGGUAGGCCUUGAAAUACAUCCACAGGGACACCUCCAAUUGACUCAAAUGAUGUCAAUUAGCCUAUCAGAAGCUUCUAAAGCCAUGACAUCAUUUUCUGGAAUUUUCCAAGCUGUUUAAAGGCACUGUCAACUUAGUGUAUGUAAACUUCUGACCCACUGGAAUUGUGAUACUGUGAAUUAUAAGUGAAAUAAUCUGUCUGUAAACAAUUAUUGGAAAAAUUACUUGUCAUGCACAAAGUAGAUGUCCUAACCGACUUGCCAUAACUUCAACUGUACAUGCAGCUAUCUAGGCAGCAUAUCUUGGAAGAUAACAUGCACAGAGCGUGACAAGGCUGUUAAGCUCUGGGGAAGAGGCGUCCUGUGCAAUGGGGGUGGAACGGGGCAGUUCAAUCCAGUCGCGCAGCCUCUGUCUUUUAUAAUGAAGUAACAUUAUGGUUUUAUGUUCUCCCACCAGGGCAUGUUUGAACCUUACAUGAAGAGUUUCUAUGUGAGAUCCACAGAUGCCACUCACAUCAAGUCACUCAAGGUAAGCUCCCUCAUGAUGACCUAGCUAAUCUAAAAGUAAACCAUGAGAUGAGGUCAGGUGUGUGAUCAGACCUAUCUUGUCUCCCCAGCUGGAGAUCUUGACCAACCUGGCCAACGAAGCCAACAUCUCAACCAUCCUUAGAGAGUUCCAGGUAAGUCUCUCUCUCUUUGAUUAUCUCUGUUGCUUUCUCUCUCUCUUUCGCUCUCUCUCUUUUUGUAUUUUUUCUUAUUCAAUAUCCCUUUCCAUCACUGGCAGCAAUUCCACAUAUAUUUAUCGCCUUUUACAUACAAUGAAUGGCUUCACCUUGUGCUUUGAUUUGAACAGACUUAUGUGAAGAGCCAGGAUAAGCAGUUUGCUGCCGGUACCAUCCAGGCCAUCGGCAGGUGUGCCACCAACAUCUCUGAGGUGACAGACACCUGCCUCCAAGGGCUGGUGCUGCUGCUCUCCAACCGAGAUGGUACGGAACCACUGAUCAAUUGAACGAUUGAUUGAUUGAUGAUUGAUUGAUCGACUGAUUGGUUUUCUUUGCCAGCUCCUGUUCAAAGUUGGAUAUAUGCGUCAAACUCUCUCUUUUGUAUGUAUUUUAAAUGUAAAGUUCCCAGUUUUAGGGACCUGCGUGUUGCUAGUACCAGUUCUGACCGACAUAUUCACUUAUAAAUCCAUAUGUGUAUUGAAAUGGCUUGUAUUGAGCGGUAGCCCUGAUUCUCAUAGACACAGGAGUAUGUUUAUUCUGCCUGUGUGAAGCAAGAUGUGAAAUAUGACACCACUCGAAGCUGUGAUGUCCCUCCUACCAUUUCAUUCGCUCUUCCGACUGUCCAUCAACUCCUGGCUGAACCCUACUUCACAGCCACUAACAACGCAUAUGCCUGGAAUCCUUACCUCGUAACGGAGCAGGAGAGAGUGGUUUCAUAGCUGUACCACAUUGAGAUCGAUUUAUAGCCAGUAAUCUAAACUAAUUCAUAGAUUCUAAACAUAAACACUUUCUGUUUGUCAUAGACGGACAAGAUUAUUAUGAGAUGAAACGAGUCCAUAACGAGUUCAGGAAGCAAGGCUAGAGCUCUGUGAGAAGGUCUGACGUUUUGAUAAAGUGAGACCUUUAGAAAAUAUGCACAUUUUCUCUAUCACAAUAUACAAAUAUGUAUUUUACACUUAUAAGGAAGGUGAAAUCUUAUAGUUUUAGAAGUUGAUUAUACUAUAUUUAGAAAAAAAUGUAAUUUCAAGCCUUAUUCAUACACUUGUUGAAUAGGAAAUACAUCAUAUAAAAUAUUUCAUAUUUUCAUCAUAUUUGUACUGUGUACUUGAGCUUGUGUCCUCAAAAGUGAUUACACCUCAGCAAUUUAUAACUAUUUUUACUAAAAAGGUGAGAUUUUAACCUUUUCUUGGAGUAUGCAGCAUUACUAGUUUUUGUUUAUGCCCCUCUCACAAUAAAUUAUUACUUUUGGGGAUUACGUAGAUACAUUUAGUUACAUUUUCAAAUAGAAAUGUAUUGUGUCCUUACAGAGACGGUGGUGGCUGAGAGCGUGGUGGUGAUCAAGAAGCUUCUCCAGACCCAGCCCACCCAGCACAGUGACAUCAUCAAACACAUGGCCAAACUCUUCGACAACAUCACUGUACGUCUGCCACUAUCUGAACGUGUCUGUCUCUGUGUACUUGCUCUUGCGGCUGAGCUUGUGUGAGUUGGGACUCAAAAUGCAUACCCAAAUAUACAGUGCAUUCGGAAAGUAUUUAGACCCCUUGACAUUUUCCACAUUUUGUUACGUUACAGCCUUAAUCUAAAAUGGAUGUAAAAAAAUAUAUAUCCCUCAUCAAUCUACACACAAUACAGCGUAAUGACAAAGCAAAAACAGGUUUUUAGAAAUUAUUGCACAUUUAUUAUUAAUAAAAAAACUUAAAUAUCACAUUUACAUAAGUAUUCAGACCCUUUACUCAGUACUUUGUUGAAGCACCUUUGGCAGUGAUUACAGCCUCGAUUCUUCUUGGGUAUGACACUAUAAGCUUGGCACACCUGUAUUUGGGGAGUUUCUCCCAUUCUUCUCUGCAGAUCCUCUCAAGCUCUGUCAGGUUUGAUGUGGAGCGUUGCUGCACAGCUAUUUUCAGGUCUCUCCAGAGAUGUUAGAUUGGGUUUAAGUCCGUGCUCUGGCUGGGCCACUCAAGGACAUUCAGAGAUUUGUCCCGAAGCCACUCCUGCGUUGUCUUGGCUGUGUGCUUAGGGUUGUUGUCCUGAGCGCUCUGGAGCAGGUUUUCAUCAAGGAUCUCUCUGUACUUUGCUCCGUUCAUCUUUGCUUCAAUCCUGACUAGUUUCCCAGUCCCUGCAUCCUCACAGCAUAAUGCUGCCACCACCAUGCUUCACCUUAGGGAUGGUGCCAGGUUUCCUCCAGACGUGAAGCUUGGCAUUCAGGCCAAAGAGUUCAAUCUUGGUUUCAUCAGACCAGAGAAUCUUGUUUCUCAUGGUCUGAGAGUCUUUAGGUGCCUAUUGGCAAACUCCAAUCAGGCUGUCAUGUGCCUUUUACUGAGAAGUGGCUUCCGUCUGGCCACUCUACCAUAAAGGCCUGAUUGGUGGAGUGCUGCAGAGAUGGUUGUCCUUCUGGAAGGUUCUCCCAUCUCCACAGAGGAACUCUAGAACUCUGUCAGAGUGACCAUCUGGUUCUUGGUCACCUCCCUGACCAAGGCCCUUCUCCCCUGAUUGCUCUGUUUGGCCGGGCGGCCAGCUCUAGGAAGAGUCUUAGUGGUUCCAAACUUCUUCCAUUUAAGAAUGAUGGAGGCCACUGUGUUCUUGGGGACCUUCAAUGCUGAAUACUUUCCGAAUGCACUGUACAAUGCAAACAUACUGGUAAUAGCCCUAACUAUCCUCUAUCCUUCAUGUUGUUCACAAAUACACCAUCUAAACAGGACUAACCCCUCUGUGUGUCAAGGUGCCGAUGGCGCGGGCCAGCAUCCUGUGGCUGAUAGGAGAGUACUGUGAGAGGGUUCCUAAGAUCGCCCCUGACGUCCUCCGCAAGAUGGCCAAGACCUUCACCUCUGAGGAGGACAUCGUCAAACUGCAGACUGUCAACCUGGCUGCCAAACUUUACCUCACCAACUCUAAACAGGUACACUAGCCUACACUAAACAAUGGGUACAUGCUACAGUAGAACCUGCUGUAUAUGUUCCAGCGUUAUUCUGCCCUAACAAUCACUUUUAUUAUCAUGUAAAAAAACAACCUCAUAGUAGCCUCCAGAUUCUAGUUAUUUGGCUUCUUGGACAAUAUAGUUUUCCCAGCUUCCUUAAGAGCAAGCUUUAAUGUAGCGUGUCGUACCAUUGCCUUGCCUCCCCUUGUAUGCUAACUACAGAUCCAUUCUAUCAGAUGCAAAGCAAUAUGGCUGCCAGGCUGGGUUUAUGACCACACUGCAGAUGCUGCUGCUGCCUUCUCAAAUGAGCACAUCAUUACACCUCUUUUCCCUGGUAAUGUUUCAGAGAGAAGGAUGGGGGGGGGGGAGAGAGAGAGGGAUAGUUUGAGAGAUUAAAGAGGUGGACGGAGAGAGGGGUGGAGAGGGAAGAGGUAAAAAGGGAUGAAAAAAUAGAGGGAGUGUGAGAGACGGAGAGGUAAUGUCAACCUUCUGGGGGUAGUAAGUCUUGUCUUUAUACCUCACUAAAUGAUAUAUGUUAGUUUAAGGCAAGCACUCUCCAUCUCAGACCAUAAACCCACCUGGCACAGAGAGAGGUUGUCACUCAUACAGCUAGAGAGGGUGAGCAGACGGAGGAGGACUGGAGGAGAAGAGAGUGUUGGUAUGAAGAAAAUGUAGUGUGAAGCACCAUACUGAUUCAUGAGCUUACCUUAAUGGAGCUGUGUGUGUGUUUAUGUUGGAUUUGUGUGUCCUCUCUCCCUCUGCUCCUACUGCUUCAUCUCCUCCAUCUUUCUCUCCCUCUCUCCUUCCCUCCACCCACCUCUCUCUCUCUCCUUCCCCCUCUCCCUCCAUCCAGACCAAGUUGUUGACCCAGUACAUUCUGAACCUGGGGAAGUAUGACCAGAACUAUGACAUCAGAGACCGCACGCGUUUCAUCCGCCAGCUCAUCGUGCCCAAUGAGAAGAGCGGCGCACUCAGCAAGUACGCCCGCCGCAUCCUGUUGGCGCCCAAACCAGCGCCCGUCCUCGAGUCCGCCUACAAAGGUACCUUGGAAGUAGUGUACUAAAGAGGGAAUAGGGUGCCAUUUGGGAUGCAGACGGGUGUGUUUUUAAUAUGCUGGUGUGUGUCUGAAUGGCAGAGGGUCCAGGGCCUUCUCUCUCCCGGCUCUGAUGAGAUGGGUGAAUUACCUGGCUAAUGAUAACCUUUGAGAUGCAGAGAACUCACACACACACACACACACACUUGACUUUAAUCCAGAUGAGAGAGAGACAGAAGCAGCGUCCUAAACAUUAUUAUUCUGCGGUGGUCUCUGCGUCUACUAGAUGUUUAUGGAAAACGUUACCACUCCUGUCAUUCUUAAUAUUCACCCUUUAACUCUUCAUUUUUUUUCUCCCUCUCUUUUUGGUUAGAGAAGGCAGACCUCCCCAGGCACUUUGACUGAUUACACCUCCUAUAUUGACCAUUAGGGAGGGAGAAUGGUUUUACUCUGUGCGUGCGUGUGGGCUCCUGGACCCUUUAUUAAACAGCACUGUGUGUUUGUUUAUACAGUGACAUUUCAGAGUGUUGAAUGCCAAUGACUCACUGUCCUGCUGAUUGAGAGAGCACUGCUGUGACAUUGAGACCCUUGCCUCUCUUUCUCUCCCCCCUUCUUCUCCAAUGUUACUCAUUGUUUCUCGUCCCUCUUUUCUCCUCUCCUCUCUCCCUCCUCCCAUGUUACUCAUUAUGUUUCUCCUCUAACACAUUUUCCCCUCUUUGUUUAUCCUUCUUUUUCUUCCUCUCUCCAUCUUCUUCUUUUCUCCUCUCCCCUCCAUCUCUCUGUCAGACCGUGAUCGUUACCAGUUGGGAACCCUGUCCCACACCAUCAACACCAAAGCCAGCGGCUACCUAGAGCUCUCUGAUUGGCCUGCCGUGGCUCCUGACCAAUCGGUGAGGAACGUGGAGGUGAUCGAGCCGGUAAGGAUCCAUCUUUACUUCUACUGCCCGUUCCCGCUCACCACCCAGGCACUUGGUCAACUCAGACAUUUAAUACAGGUCCAUAUUGAUAAACUAUAUACAGUGAGGGAAAAAAUAAUUUGAUCCCCUGCUGAUUUUGUACGUUUGCCCACUGACAAAGACAUGAUCAGUCUAUAAUUUUUAUGGUAGGUUUAUUUGAACAGUGAGAGACAGAAUAACAACAUAAAAACCCAGAAGAAUGCAUGUUGAAAAUGUUAUAAAUUGAUUUUCAUUUUAAUGAGGGAAAUAAGUAUUUGACCCCUCUGCAAAACAUGACUUAGUACUUGGUGGCAAAACCCUUGUUGGCAAUCACAGAGGUCAGACGUUUCUUGUAGUUGGCCACCAGGUUUGCACACAUCUCAGGAGGGAUUUUGUCCCACUCCUCUUUGCAGAUCUUCUCCAAGUUAUUAAGGUUUCGAGGCUGACGUUUGGCAACUCGAACCUUCAGCUCCCUCCACAGAUUUUCUAUGGAAUUAAGGUCUGGAGACUGGCUAGGCCACUCCAGGACCUUAAUGUGCUUCUUCUUGAGCCACUCCUUUGUUGCCUUGGCCGUGUGUUUUGGGUCAUUGUCAUGCUGGAAUACCCAUCCACGACCCAUUUUCAAUGCCCUUGCUGAGGGAGGUUCUCACCCAAGAUUUGACAGUACAUGGCCCCGUCCAUCGUCCCUUUGAUGCGGUGAAGUUGUCCUGUCCCCUUAGCAGAAAAACACCCCCAAAGCAUAAUGUUUCCACCUCCAUUUUUGACAGUGGGGAUGGUGUUCUUGGGGUCAUAGGCAGCAUUCCUCCUCCUCCAAACACGGCGAGUUGAGUUGAUGCCAAAGAGCUCCAUUUUGGUCUCAUCUGACCACAACACUUUUACCCAUUCUCCUCUGAAUCAUUCAGAUGUUCAUUGGCAAACUUCAGACGGCCCUGUAUAUGUGCUUUCUUGAGCAGGGGGACCUUGCGGGCGCUGCAGUAUUUCAGUCCUUCACGGCGUAGUGUGUUACCAAUUGUUUUCUUGGUGACUAUGGUCCCAGCUGCCUUGAGAUCAUUGACAAGAUCCUCCCGUGUAGUUCUGGGCUGAUUCCUCACCGUUCUCAUGAUCAUUGCAACUCCACGAGGUGAGAUCUUGCAUGGAGCCCCAGGCCGAGGGAGAUUGACAGUUCUUUUGUGUUUCUUCCAUUUGCGAAUAAUCGCACCAACUGUUCUCACCAAGCUGCUUGGCGAUGGUCUUGUAGCCCAUUCCAGCCUUGUGUAGGUCUACAAUCUUGUCCCUGACAUCCUUGGAGAGCUCUUUGAUCUUGGCCAUGGUGGAGAGUUUGGAAUCUGAUUGAUUGAUUGCUUCUGUGGACAGGUGUCUUUUAUACAGGUAACAAGCUGAGAUUAGGAGCACUCCCUUUAAGAGUAUAAAAGACACCUGGGAGCCAGAAAUCUUUCUGAUUGAGAGGGGGUCAAAUACUUAUUUCCCUCAUUAAAAUGCAAAUGUAUAACAAUUUUGACAUGCGUUUUUCUGGAUUUUUGUUGUUGUUAUUCUCUCUCUCACUGUUCAAAUAAACCUACUAUUAAAAUUAUAGAUUUAUCAAUUAUUUGUCAGUGGGCAAAUGUACAAAAUCAGCAGGGGAUCAAAUACUUUUUCCCCUCACUGUUAUACAAAAGUAUGUGGACACAACUUCAAAUUAGUGGAUUCGGCUAUUUCAGCCACACCCGUUACUGACAGGUGUAUAAAAUCGAGCACACAGCCAUGCAAUAUCCAUAGACAAACAUUGGCAGUAGAAUGGCCUUACUGAAGAGCUCAGUGACUUUCAACGUGGCACCGUCAAAGGAUGCCACCUUUCCAACAGUUCGGCAAAUUUCUGCCCAACUUUAAGUGCCGUUAUUGUGAAUUAGCCAGGCCUAAUCGCCCAACAUCAGUGCCCGACCUCACUAAUGCUCUUGUGGCUGAAUGGAAGCAAGCCCCCGCAGCAAUGUUCCAACAUCUAGUGGAAAGUCUUCCCAGAAGAGUGGAGGCUGUUAUAGCAGCAAUGGGGGGGGACCAACUCCAUAUUAAUGCCCAUGAUUUUGGAAUGAGAUGUUGCACGAGCAGGUGUCUACAUACUUUUGGUCAUGUAGUGAAUGUUUCAAUAGGUUUGCUUUUCUCCCGAAUCUCCUCCCUCCUCUUUCCUUACUUCCUCAUACUGUACCUCACUUCCUCUGACCUCACUUCCUAAUCCAUUGCCAGGUGAAGGAGUGGACUCCUUCGCUUGGAAAGUCCAAGCUGUCCAAGUCAUCAGAUGAUAAGUUCUACUCUGACUCUGGAGAGGAGGAGGAGAAGGAAAAGUGCUCAGGGAGCAGUAGCAGUGAUGAUAGCAGCAGCAGCAGUAGUAGUGAAGGUCUGUCUGUGUUUGUCCAUGUGUGUACCAUUUAAGUAUAAUGUUAUUUUGUGAGUGUUUGCAAUGCCAGUCCAGUAUUUAUAAUCGUACGACAAUAACCUGUGUGUUACAGAGUCAGGCAGCGAGGCGGAGAGCGAUGAGGAAAAGAGCAGUAGUCAGAGCAGUGACGAGUCGAACAAGUCCUCCAGCCAAUCAGAGAACAGUUCCAGUGAGUCUGACUCUGAACAGAAGAAGAAGAAUGCAACUAAGAAACCACCACAGAAGAAGACAGUCAAACCAACGGCCAAAGACAGGUACCACACUAUAAUGAAAUAUAGAAUACGUACAGUUGCGGUUAAAUAUAUUGGCACCGUUGCACGAUUCACAAUUUUAGUGCUGAGGGACUAGUGCUUUUUGAGUUCGGUUCGGUCUUUGAUUUGGGUUCCAAUUUUUUCAAUUUUUUUGCAAUAAAUGCAUUAUGUCAGUUGAAUGCUGUAACCACACAUAAUAAAACUAUUAAUAAAAGCCCCAUGAUGGUGGUGACUGCCCAUUACUGCUUAUCACUUAUUAACCAUAGUUCUUUCAUAAAAUAUUUUAGUUGAGUAUAUUACAUAUUUGUUUUAGUAUGAUGAUGACUUUAUUAGCAGUUUCAUUAAUAAAAGCAAUGGUGAUGACUACCCAUCCUUUAUCACAUUACUUUACUUUAAUAACAUAUUUUAGUUGUGUAUAUUACAUAAUUUUCAUAUGAUGACUAUAUUAUUUCAUUCCAAGCCAUCAUCACAUCUCUGCUCAGGCAGUAGCAGCCACCAUCUAUCACUCUGCUCCCCAGUGAAUCAUCCUAAUUAGGCUAGCUAGCAGGCUAUGCUGUCUGACGAAAUCACUAUUUUAGUAGUUCUUCAAAGUACGUAAGGAAUACCUUCAAGACUGUUUUAAUGCCAACUAUCAGUCAAUUAGAUGUAUUGUUGGCUAGAGAUAGGCUUCCUCACGGAGCAGUUUCCAUUUCUGUCCCUCCCUCAUGUCACGCUCUUCUCUCUUUCUCUAACGUGUGUGUGUGUCAAGAAGGCUACAUAAUGGUAAUUGUAGUCCUGUGUAGCUCAGUUGGUAGAGCAUGGCGUUUGCAACGCCAGGGUUGUGGGUUCGUUUCCCACGGGGGACCAGUAUGAAAAAAAAAAAAGGGAAAAAAUGUAUGCACUCACUGGAUAAGAGCGUCUGCUAAAUGACUAAAAUGUAAAUGUAAGUACCACGUUUUCUGCUGUAAACUUAGUUGAGCAUUUGCCUUUUGAAAUCUAGAACUUCCUACUAAGUCCCACAACAGCGCUUUGAGCUCACAGAAAAAACCAGAACUAAAUGGAAUUAGAAUAAUUGAACGGACGGUGGUCAAUUUAAAAAAAUAACGGAAAUAAACAGACAUUUCGGCUAAUCGCGCAGCACUGUAUUUAUUCAAAAGUUGAAACUCAAACCAAUGAAUGAGAUCUGAGACAUUACUGUUGAACACACACACACUGGCAAAUUUUGGCCCUGACACGUUCUAUUUCACUCUAUCCCACAAUGCUCUCUUUCACACAUACACACCCUACCUGCUCGCGCUGUGUGACAGGCCGGCAGCUGACCCUGUUCCCUCCAUUAGAGGGUGUAAUUAGACCAGCUCACCCCAGUGCUUCCACACACGUACGCACGCGCACACACACACGCUAUACACACUAUCCCACACACACACACAAUCUCUCUCUCAAACACACACACACACACUCACACAGACACACACACACAGUAAUUAUCCCAGCUCACCCCAGUGCUUCCACAACAAACACAGCAUACUGCCCUCAUUACAGCCCAGUCAUUCCAGGCAGGGCUUAAUCAGGCCCACUCUGAUUUAUAUCGCUUUUUCCUGUUCGCAACAAAUGAAAUCUGUAGGCCAAAUUAAUACUGGCUUCUCAUCAUCGGCCAAGUUAAAAAGCCAGUUACCGUCACAAUUCUGCUCGUUAAUUUAACAGCUGAAAAUCCCAGGCAGCUCGAGUAAACACUCAUUAUCAGGACAAAUUGGAGAGAGAGAGGGAAGGGAGAGGGUGGAAGAGAAAAAAGUUUCAACGAAAGCAAUAUUAAAUUAAGUGGGCAAACCAAAACAGAUUGAUAUUGGUUGUUCUGACAGAGUUUUAGUGUGAGCUCCAGCAGACUGCAGUAGGUGGUGGGGGUGGAAAGUGUUUUUGUUAGAGUGCCUUUAAUGGAUAGGUUCAUAACAUGUUCCCCUUCAUAAUGAAACUUUCAUGUUUUAAUAUAGGAAAAACCCAUGUUAAUGUUAUAUUUCAGUCUGUUAAAGAUGGAAUCCGCAGUAGGGGAAACAGCGCCACUGUUCUCCCCGAGGCCAUUGUUAUGUUUUGGUUUUGUUGACGAAGCGGAGGUGAGGAUCUUCGCAACGUGAUAUAUAUACACACACACACAGUGGGGAGAACAAGUAUUUGAUACACUGCCGAUUUUGCAGGUUUUCCUACUUACAAAGCAUGUAGAGGUCUGUAAUUUUUAUCAUAGGUACACUUCAACUGUGAGAGACGGAAUCUAAAACACAAAUCCAGAAAAUCACAUUGUAUGAUUUUUAAGUAAUUAAUUUGCAUUUUAUUGCAUGAUAUAAGUAUUUGAUCACCUACCAACCAGUAAGAAUUCCGGCUCUCACAGACCUGUUAGUUUUUCUUUAAGAAGCCCUCCUGUUCUCCACUCAUUACCUGUAUUAACUGCACCUGUUUGAACUCGUUACCUGUAUAAAAGACACCUGUCCACACACUCAAUCAAACAGACUCCAACCUCUCCACAAUGGCCAAGACCAGAGAGCUGUGUAAGGACAUCAGGGAUAAAAUUAUAGACCUGCACAAGGCUGGGAUGGGCUACAGGACAAUAGGCAAGCAGCUUGGUGAGAAGGCAACAACUGUUGGCGCAAUUAUUAGAAAAUAGAAGUUCAAGAUGACGGUCAAUCACCCUCGGUCUGGGGCUCCAUGCAAGAUCUCACCUUGUGGGGCAUCAAUGAUCAUGAGGAAGGUGAGGGAUCAGCCCAGAACUACACGGCAGGACCUGGUCAAUGACCUGAAGAGAGCUGGGACCACAGUCUCAAAGAAAACCAUUAGUAACACACUUCGCCGUCAUGGAUUAAAAUCCUGCAGCGCACGCAAGGUCCCCCUGCUCAUGCCAGCGCAUGUCCAGGCCCGUCUGAAGUUUGCCAAUGACCAUCUGGAUGAUCCAGAGGAGGAAUGGGAGAAGGUCAUGUUGUCUGAUGAGACAAAAAUAGAGCUUUUUGGUCAACUCCACUCACCGUGUUUGGAGGAAGAAUAAGGAUGAGUACAACCCCAAGAACACCAUCCCAACCGUGAAGCAUGGAGGUGGAAACAUCAUUCUUUGGGAAUGCUUUUCUGCAAAGGGGACAGGACGACUGCACCGUAUUGAGGGGAGGAUGGAUGGGGCCAUGUAUCGCGAGAUCUUGGCCAACAACCUCCUUCCCUCAGUAAGAGCAUUGAAGAUGGGUCGUGGCUGGGUCUUCCAGCAUGACAACGACCCGAAACACACAGCCAGGGCAACUAUGGAGUGGCUCCGUAAGAAGCAUCUCAAGCUCCUGGAGUGGCCUAGCCAGUCUCCAGACCUGAACCCAAUAGAAAAUCUUUGGAGGGAGCUGAAAGUCUGUAUUGCCCAGCGACAGCCCCGAAACCUGAAGGAUCUGGAGAAGGUCUGUAUGGAGGAGUGGGCCAAAAUCCCUGCUGCAGUGUGUGCAACCUGGUCAAGACCCUACAGGAAACGAAUGAUCUCUGUAAUUGCAAACAAAGGUUUCUGUACCAAAUAUUAAGUUCUGCUUUUCUGAUGUAUCAAAUACUUAUGUCAUGCAAAUUAAUUACUUAAAAUUCAUACAAUGUGAUUUUCUGGAUUUUUGUUUUAGAUUCCGUCUCUCACAGUUGAAGUGUACCUAUGAUAAAAUUACAGACCUCUACAUGCUUUGAAAGUAGGAAAACCUGCAAAAUCGGCAGUAUAUCAAAUACUUGUUCUCCCACUGUGUGUGUUGUGUGGUUUGUUGUGUUGGUAUUUAGUCAGCCACCAAUUGUGCAAGUUCUCCCACUUAAAAAGAUGAGAGAGGCCUGUAAUUUUCAUCAUAGGUACACGUCAACUAUGACAGACAAAUUGAGGAAAAAAAAUCCUGAAAAUGUCAUUGUAGGAUUUUUUAUGAAUUUAUUUGCAAAUUAUGGUGGAAAAUAAGUAUUUGGUCACCUACAAACAAGCAAGAUUUCUGGCUCUCACAGACCUGUAACAACUUCUUUAAGAGGCUCCUCUGUCCUCCACUCGUUACCUGUAUUAAUGGCACCUGUUUGAACUUGUUAUCGGUAUAAAAGACACCUGUCCACAACCUCAAACAGUCACACUCCAAACUCCACUAUGCCCAAGACCAAAGAGCUGUCAAAGGACACCAGAAACAAAAUUGUAGACCUGCACCAGGCUGGAAAGACUGAAUCUGCAAUAGGUAAGCAGCUUGGUUUGAAGAAAUCAACUGUGGGAACAAUUAUUAGGAAAUGGAAGACAUACAAGACCACUGAUAAUCUCCCUCGAUCUGGGGCUCCACGCAAGAUCUCACCCCGUGGGGUCAAAAUGAUCACAAGAACGGUGAGCAAAAAUCCCAGAACCACACGGGGGGACCUUGUGAAUGACCUGCAGAGAGCUGGGACCAAAGUAACAAAGCCUACCAUCAGUAACACACUACGCCGCCAGGGACUCAAAUCCUGCAGUACAAGACGUGUCCCCCUGCUUAAGCCAGUACAUGUCCAGGCCCGUCUGAAGUUUGCUAGAGUGCAUUUGGAUGAUCCAGAAGAGGAUUGGGAGAAUGUCAUAUGGUCAGAUGAAACCAAAAUAUAACUUUUUGGUAAAAACUCAACUCGUCAUGUUUGGAGGACAAAGAAUGCUUAGUUGCAUCCAAAGAACACCAUACCUACUGUGAAGCACGGGGGUGGAAACAUCAUGCUUUGGGGCUGUUUUUCUGCAAAGGGACCAGGACGACUGAUCCGUGUAAAGGAAAGAAUGAAUGGGGCCAUGUAUCGUGAGAUUUUGAGUGAAAACCUCCUUCCAUCAGCAAGGGCAUUGAAGAUGAAACAUGGCUGGGUCUUUCAGCAUGACAAUGAUCCCAAACACACCGCCCGGGCAACGAAGGAGUGGCUUCGUAAGAAGCAUUUCAAGGUCCUGGAGUGGCCUAGCCAGUCUCCAGAUCUCAACCCCAUAGAAAAUCUUUGGAGGGAGUUGAAAGUCCGUGUUGCCCAGCGACAGCCCCAAAACAUCACUGCUCUAGAGGAGAUCUGCAUGGAGGAAUGGGCCAAAAUACCAGCAACAGUGUGUGAAAACCUUGUGAAGACUUACAGAAAACGUUUGACCUGUGUCAUUGCCAACAAAGGGUAUAUAACAAAGUAUUGAGAAACUUUUGUUAUUGACCAAAUACUUAUUUUCCACCAUAAUUUGCAAAUAAAUUCAUUAAAAUCCUAUAAUGUGAUUUUCUGGAGAAAAAAAAAUCUCAUUUUGUCUGUCUUAGAUGACGUGUACCUAUGAUGAAAAUUACAGGCUGCUCUCAUCUUUUAAGUGGGAGAACUUGCACAAUUGGUGGCUGACUAAAUACUUUUUUCCCCCACUGUGUGUGUGUGUAUAUAUAUAUUAUAUAUAUAUAUAUAUAUAUAUAUAUAUAUAUAUAUAUAUAUAUAUACACAGUGCUAUGAAAAAGUAUUUGCCCCCUUUCUAUUUUUCUCUACUUUUGCAUAUUUGUGAUACUGAAUGUUAUCUGAUAUUCAACCAAAACCUAAUAUUAGAUAAAGGGAACAUAAGUGAACAAAUAACACAACAAUUACAUAUUUAUUUCAUAAACAAAGUUAUGCAACACCCAAUUCCCCUGUGUGAAAAAGUAAUUUCCCCCUUACACUCAAUAACUGGUUGUGCCACCUUUAGCUGCAAUGAUUCCAACCAAAUGCUUCCUGUAGUUGUUAAUCAGUCUCUCACGUCGCUGUGGAGGAAUUUUGGCCCACUCUUCCAUGCAGAACUGCUUUAACUCAGUUACGUGUGGGUUUUCAAGCAUGAACUGCUCGUUUCAAGUCCUGCCACAACAUCUCAAUUGGGAUUAGGUCUCGACUUUGACUAGGCCAUUCCAAAACUUCCAAUUUGUUGCUUUUUAGCAAUUUUCAUGUAGACUUGAUUGUGUGUUUUGGAUCAUUCCACAGUAAGAACAUCAUACCAAAGGUCAAGCAUGGUGGUGGUGGUGUGAUGGUUUGGAGGUGCUUUGCUGCCUCAGGACCUGGACGACUUGCCUUAAUAGAAGGAACCAUGAUUUCUGCUCUGUAUCAGAGAAUUCUACAGGAGAAUGUCAGACCAUCCGUCUGUGAGCUGAAGCUGAAGCGCAGCUGGGUCAUGCAGCAAGACAAUGAUCCAAAACACACAAUCAAGUCUACAUGAGAAUUGCCAAAAAGCAACAAAUUAGAAGUUUUGGAAUGGCCUAGUCAAAGUCCAGACCUAAUCCCAAUUGAGAUGUUGUGGCAGGACUUGAAACGAGCAACUAUGAAAUAACACAUAUGGAAUCAAGUAGUAUCCAAAAAAGUGUUAAAGAAAUCAAAAUAUAUUUUAUAUUUGAGAUUCUUCAAAUAGCCACCCUUUGCCUUGAUGACAGCUUUGCAAACUCUUGGCAUUCUAUCAACCAGCUUCACCUGGAAUGCUUUUCCAACAGUCUUGAAGGAGUUCCCACAUAUGCUGAGCACUUGUUUGCUGCUUUUCCUUCGCUCUGCUGUCCGACUAAUCCCAAACCAUCUCAAUUGGGUUGAGGUCGGGGGGUUGUGGAGGCCAGGUCUUCUGAUUCAGCACUCCAUCACUCUCCUUCUUGGUCAAAUAGCCCUUACACAGCCUGGAGGUGUGUUGGGUCAUUGUCCUGUUGAAAAACAAAUGAUAGUCCCACUAAGCCCAAACCAGAUGGGAUGGUGUAUCGCUGCAGAAUGCUGUGGUAGCCAUGCUGGUUAAGUGUGCCUUGAAUUCUAAAUAAAUCACUGACAGUGUCACCAGCCAAGCACCCCCACACCAUAACACCUCCUCCUCCAUACUUUACGGUGGGAACUACACAUGCGGAGAUCAUCCGUUCACCCACACCGCGUCUCACAAAGACACGGCGGUUGGAACCAAAAAUCUAAUGGCCAUUGCUCAUGUUUCUUGGCCCAAACAGGUCUCUUCUUCUUAUUGAUGUCCUUUAGUAGGGGUUUCUUUGCAGCAAUUCGACCAUUCACAUUCACACAGUCCCCUCUGAACAGUUGAUGUUGAGGUGUCUGUUACUUGAACUCUGUGAAGCAUUUAUUUGGGCUGCAAUUUCUGAGGCUGGUAACUCUAAUGAACGUAUCCUCUGCAGCAGAGGUAACUAUGGGUCUUCCAUUCCUGUGGCGGUCCUCAUGAGAGCCAGUUUCAUCAUAGCGCUUGAUGGUUUUUGCGACUGCACUUGAAGAAACUUUCAAAGUUCUUGAAAUGUUCCGUAUGAAUGUCAGUCAAUGUCUUAAAGUAAUGGACUGUUGUUUCUCUUUGCUUAUUUGAGCUGUUCUUCCCAUAAUAUGGACUUGGUCUUUUACCAAAUAGGGCUACCCCCCCCCCCCCCCCCACCUUGUCACAACACAACUGAUUUGCUCAAAGGCAUUAAGAAGGAAAGAGAUUCCACUUUUAAGAAGGCACACCUGUUAAUUGAAAUGCAUUCCAGGUGACUACCUCAUGAAGCUGGUUGAGAGAAUGCCAAGAGUGUGCAAAGUUGUCAUCAAGGCAAAGGGUGGCCAUUUGAAGAAUCUCAAAUAUAAAAUAUAUUUUGAUUUGUUGAACACUUUUUUGGUUAUUACAUGAUUCCAUAUGUGUUAUUUCAUAGUUUUGAUGUCUUCACUAUUAUUCUACAAUGUAGAAAAUAGUCAAAAUAAAGAAAAACCCUUGAAUGAGAAGGUGUGUCCAAACUUUUGACUGGUAGUGUAUAUUUGUUGCAGGUACAUAUUCUGCUGUUCGAUCGCACGUGCAAUGAUGUCAGAGGGGGAAAAAGCAGUGUUCGUUGUUUGCUGUAACUUAUUUGUUGUUAUAUAGCAAACGGUAGUGGCAGUUUCACCACUAAGGAUUCCAGCUUUUAAAGUUGUAAUAUUACACAUUUUCCCACCCACGGAAUAACCCUUCAAGAUGCGCUCCUUAAUCUCACAGGUGCAUAUAGAAUAGCGUUCUAUUUAGGGCUGUGACGGUCAUGGAAUUUUGGAUUACGGUUAUUUGCCAGCCAAUUAAUUUUUCUCUCCUCCUCCACUCCUGGCUGCAUGUACUGCCAUAGAAAUACAAUGAAUAGAACAUGCGUCCCCAUUCAAGUCAAUGAUAAUAAUGGGUUAAUGGUAUAGUGGGUGGACUGGCGGCCAUUGCGAGUGUAAUCAAAAUGGGACCAUCGUGCUCUCCCAGAAGCUUGGGCGGUGCUCAAAACCCGCAAACCCAGACUAACAGAAGGUGUAAUAUGUCCGCACCCAAAAAUAUGUUGCAUAAAGCUUACUUCAUUGUGAGUGUACCCAUAGGCUGGGUUGAAGAUAUAUAUUUUCGACCUAGCCCAUAGGAGCAAAGCAGAAAGUGUACCCAUCAAUAUGUGCUGUGAUUUGUUGAUUCAACUCAACUGACGUUACAAAAAAUACAUUCCAUUGCAUGAGCCACAUCAGUUACCGUAAUUUGAAUGAAAAUGUUACAUUACCAUGGAUAUUAUUUCAUCACAAUACCAGGCAGCCAUUGCGAGUAUACCCAUGAGUUUACCAGUCCAAUUGCCAGGGUUAGCGGUUGCAAGCUCGUUUUAUUCAUUCUAUUUCUGUGUGCUGCUGCUGCAGUGAGGUGGGCGUUGCCUAGGCAACCAAAGUAGUGUUUGCUACAAUACCUUGCUUGUUUCAGCUAGGAGCAACAAAGUGUUACCACAGAAUGUUACCACAGAGUCAACCACAAGAAUGCCUGUCCAUUCGUCUUCUGUCAGCUGUUCGUUCCACAAAAACAAAACAAAAAUGUGAUGACGGUUAUUUUAUUUUCAUGACUGUCUUCAUCCAUAACAGUUGGUUAUACGGUAAUUGUACCAGCCCUAGUUGUACUGUGUUUAGUUUAGCUCUCUAACACCCUUUUGUGUUAUUUCUCCUACGUGUCAGUGAUUCAGAUGAGAAUGGGAACGUUGCUAAAGAAGCCAGCAGUUCGUCUGCAGAAGAGAGCUCUUCUGGUUCCGAAUCUGAGUCCGACGCAGACUCUGACUCAGGCACCGAACACAAGAAGAAAACCAAAUCUAAAGCCAAACCCAAGGUGAGACAACCAACCGUGAGGGCAACCGCUUGCUGGGUGUGUCAGUUUAACAUGGUUAACACCUCAGAAAUAACCCCUAGUGGGGUUUUCCUUUAUCUGCAGUUGAUUGAAUUGAGACCAUGGUCUGACUCUGAACAGAUGAAGUUAUUUUGACCUGUGUCCAAUCAGACUUCUUCUCCACACUGUAAAUAAGACAGUUUGAACCAACCCUCUGUUCGGCAUAGUACAACACUAUAUAAUGUGUUAGUUAGUGUGAACUGUGGGAGAAUCUCAAUUGCAUACUCCUCACGUCCUCUCUCCUCACCUCCUCAAAACCCAUUGGAGGAGAAGGUCUGAGGGGAGGGACCUCUGGCUUUCUCAUCCAAUGGGUUUUGAGAAGGAGAUGAGGAAAGAGGAGCGAGGACGUGAGGAGUACACAAUUAAAAGAUUCUCCCAGUGUCUUUUUAGAGCUAGUGGAGGCAGAUAAAUCAUAUUCUACACAGUGGAAUAUGAUUUGGUCUGCUUCUUUGCAGCAUCGUCUUCCCUAUCUAUCUCACCCCCCUCUUUUCCUUCACUCCUCCUCCCUUCCCUCUCUCUUUCAUUCCCUCUUUCGUUCUCGGCUAUGAAAUUCUCAUUUUGCAUACUUUGCUUCUACGACCUAUGCAUCUCUCCAUAUUUUCUCUCCCUCUUUCGCUCUUCCACUCGCUCUUUCUCUCGCUCACUCCGCCUGCUAACAAGGGUUCCUUCUCUAUUACCGCCACCAAGCGUCAAGAGACAAUCUGAUAAGAUACGCCCUCUAAAUUCAUUAUUUGUUUUCACUAUUACACCUUCUCUCUCUCUCUCUCCCUCUCUCACUCUCUCCGUUAGUGGAUCCCGCAGUAAGCAGAGUGGAAUUGUACGGUUCUUUAUAAGACGUGAACAGGGCCGUGGUUGGUUAGGAGGGCGUGGAGAGCGAGAGAGAGGUCCGUAAUAGUGCUCUUAUGUUUAAUAGCGUUUUUAUUGUUACCCGUUGUAGUGUAGAUCUGGCGAUGCACAUCCUGAUAUUCCGAGUCGCCGUUUGACAAGCCUGGCCUAGUGGUUGGAGGUAGUCGCUAGAGUGUAUCGGGUUGUGACAGGACAUGCCUCAUGGCUGGCCCAUGCAGAUCAGAGACACGCUUCAGAUGUGCAGUGUGUAUAUGCACAGCCGCCUGAGAAAUAGAAUUGAUAUAGAAUUGAAUUUUAUGUACAUAGCAGAUAUGUUUAGGAAUAUCAUGUUACAUUGGAUAGACGCUGUCAGUCAAAUUAGGCAGUGUAGGCUACAUUCCCCCAUAUACAGUACAGACAGACUUUACUUCCAAUAUUCUGCUUGUCAUCUUUUCUGUCUUCCGCUUGUUCUUCUAUCUCUUUCUCUUUCAUCUACACUACUGAUCAAAAGUUUUAGAACACCAUCUCAUUCAAGGGUUUUUCUUUAUUUUUAAUAUUUUCUACAUUGUAGAAUAAUAGUGAAGACAUCAAAACUAUGAAAUUACACAUGGAAUCAUGUAGUAACCAAAAAAGUGUUAAACAAAUCAAAAUAUAUUUUAUAUUUGAGAUUCUUCAAAUAGCCACCCUUAGCCUUGAUGACAGCUUUGCACACUCUUGGCAUUCUCUCAACCAGCUUCACCUGGAAUGCUUUUCCAACAGUCUUGAAGGAGUUCCCACAUAUGCUGAGCACUUGUUGGCUGCUUUUCCUUCAGUCUGCGGUCCAACUCAUCCCAAACCAUCUCAAUUUGGUUGAGGUUGGGGGAUUGUAGAGGCCAGGUCAUCUGAUUCAGCACUCCCUCACUCUCCAUCUUGGUAAAAUAUCCCAUACACAUCCUGGAGGUGUUUUGGAUCAUUGUCCUGUUGAAAAACAAAUGAUAGUCCCACUAAGCCCAAACCAGAUGGGAUGGCGUAUAGCUGCAGAAUGCUGGGGUAGCCAUGCUGGUUAAGUGGGGCGGCAGGUAGCUUAGUGGUUAAGAGCGUUGUGCCAGUAACCAAAAGGUCGCUGGUUCUAAUCCCCGAUGAAAAAUCUGUCGAUGUGCCCUUGAGCAAGGCACUUAACCCUAAUUGCUCCUGUAAGUCGCUCUGGAUAAGAGCGUCUGCUAAAUGACUAAAAUGUAAAAUGUGUGCCUUGAAUUCUAAAUAAAUCACAGACAGUGUCACCAGCAAAGCACCCCCACACCAUAACACCACCUCCUCCAUGCUUUACGGUGGGAACCAAACAUGCAGAGAUCAUCCGUUCACCCACACCGCGUCUCACAAAGACACGGCAGUUGGAACCAAAAAUCUCAAAUUUGGAAUCCAGACCAAAGGACACAUUUCCACCGGUCUAAUGUCCAUUGCUUGUAUUUCUUGGCCCAAGCAUGUCUCUUCUUAUUGUUGGUGUCCUUUAGUAGUUGUUUCUUUGCGGCAAUUCGACCAUGAAGGCCUGAUUCACACAGUCUCUUCUGAACAGUUGAUGUUGAGAUGUCUGUUACUUGAACUCUGUGAAGCAUUUAUUUGGGCUGCAAUUUCUGAGGCUUGUAACUCUAAUGAUCUUAUCCUCUGCAGCAGAGGUAACUCUGGGUCUUCCAUUCCUGUGGCGGUCCUUAUGAGAGCCAGUUUCAUCAUAGCGCUUGAUGGUUUUUUCUCUUUGCUUAUUUGAGCUGUUCUUGCCAUAAUAUGGACUUUUACCAAAUAGGGCUAUCUUCUGUAUACCCCCCCUACCUUGUCACAACACAACUGAUUGGCUCAAACGCAUUAAGAAGGAAAGAAAUCCCACAAAGUAACUUUUAAGAAGGCACACCUGUUAAUUGAAAUGCAUUCCAGGUGACUACCUCAUGAAGCUGGUUGAGAGAAUGCCAAGUGUGUGCAAGGCUGUCAUCAAGGCAAAGGGUGGCUAUUUGUUUAACACUUUUUUACUACAUGAUUCCAUAUGUUAUAUCAUAGUUUUUAUGUCUUCACUAUUAUUCUACAAUGUAGAAAAUAGUACAAAUAAUGGGAAAACCCUUGAAUGAGUAGGUGUUCUAAAAACUUUUGACCGGUAGUGUAUAUCCCUCAUUAAUCUCAGCAUUCAUGUUGAAACAUUUGCUAAAAAAGGUAACGCUAUGUGUAUUUACUAUAAAUAUGUUUCACGAUCUGACAAAGACCUAAGGGUCAAAUAUUAAUUAAUAUUUAUUUUGUUAUUCAGUACAUGUUCCAAGCCGGUAGAUAUCUGUAUGCUCUAGGGACAGUUUGUUUCUCACGAAGGUUUCUGUUGUUCUUUUCCCUAGAUGGAGGUGAAGUCAAAGAAGGUGGUGUCCCUUUUGGAUUUGGAUGACUGUACGUUUUAUGUCCGCAAAACAGCACGUAACUGUGAAAAAUACAUAAACUGUAGUACUGACAAUAUUUCCAGUGGGAAUUAAGCCUAUUUAUGCCUUAAAUGACAUAAUAAAUAUAUACAGUGGGGGAAAAAAAGUAUUUAGUCAGCCACCAAUUGUGCAAGUGUUCCCACUUAAAAAGAUGAGAGAGGCCUGUAAUUUUCAUCAUAGGUACACGUCAGCUAUGACAGACAAAAUGAGGAAAAAAAAAUCCAGAAAAUCACAUUGUAGGAUUUUUAAUGAAUUUAUUUGUAAAUUAUGGUGGAAAAUAAGUAUUUGGUCAAUAACAAAAGUUUGUCAAUACUUUGUUAUAUGUACCCUCUGUUGGCAAUGACACGGGUCAAACGUUUUCUGUAAGUCUUCACAAGGUUUUCACACACUGUUGCUGGUAUUUUGGCCCAUUCCUCCAUGCAGAUCUCCUCUAGAGCAGUGAUGUUUUGGGGCUGUCGCUGGGCAACACGGACUUUCAACUCCCUCCAAAGAUUUUCUAUGGGGUUGAGAUCUGGAGACUGGCUAGGCCACUCCAGGACCUUGAAAUGCUUCUUACGAAGCCACUCCUUCGUUGCCCGGGCGGUCAGUUUGGGAUCAUUGUCAUGCUGAAAGACCCAGCCACGUUUCAUCUUCAAUGCCCUUGCUGAUGGAAGGAGGUUUUCACUCAAAAUCUCACGAUACAUGGCCCCAUUCAUUCUUUCCUUUACACGGAUCAGUCGACCUGGUCCCUUUGCAGAAAAACAGCCCCAAAGCAUGAUGUUUCCACCCCCAUGCUUCACAGUAGGUAUGGUGUUCUUUGGAUGCAACUCAGCAUUCUUUGUCCUCCAAACACGACGAGUUGAGUUUUUACCAAAAAGUUCUAUUUUGGUUUCAUCUGACCAUAUGACAUUCUCCCAAUCCUCUUCUGGAUCAUCCAAAUGCACUCUAGCAAACUUCAGACGGGCCUGGACAUGUACUGGCUUAAGCAGGGGGACACGUCUUGGCACUGCAGGAUUUGAGUCCCUGGCGGCGUAGUGUGUUACUGAUGGUAGGCUUUGUUACUUUAGUCCCAGCUCUCUGCAGGUCAUUCACUAGGUCCCCCCGUGUGGUUCUGGGAUUUUUGCUCUUCGUUCUGGUGAUCAUUUUGACCCCACGGGGUGAGAUCUUGCGUGGAGCCACAGAUCGAGGGAGAUUAUCAGUGGUCUUGUAUGUCUUCCAUUUCCUAAUAAUUGCUCCCACAGUUGAUUUCUUCAAACCAAGCUGCUUACCUAUUGCAGAUUCAGUCUUCCCAGCCUGGUGCAGGUCUACCAUUUUGUUUCUGGUGUCCUUUGACAGCUCUUUGGUCUUGGCCAUAGUGGAGUUUGGAGUGUGACUGUUUGAGGUUGUGGACAGGUGUCUUUUAUACUGAUAACAAGUUCAAACAGGUGCCAUUAAUACAGGUAACGAGUGGAGGACGGAGGAGCCUCUUAAAGAAGAAGUUACAGGUCUGUGAGAGCCAAAAAUCUUGCUUGUUUGUAGGUGACCAAAUACUUAUUUUCCACCAUAAUUUGCAAAGAAAUUCAUUAAAAAUCCUACAAUUUGAUUUUCUGGAUAUUCUUUCCUCAAUUUGUCUGUCAUAGUUGACGUGUACCUAUGAUGAAAAUUACAGGCCUCUCUCAUCUUUUUAAGUGGGAGAACUUGCACAAUUGGUGGCUGACUAAAUACUUUUUUUCCCCACUGUAUAUAUAUAUGUGUGUGUGUGUGUGUGUGUGUGUAUAUAUAUAUACAGUGCCCUCCACUAUUAUUGGCACCCCUGUUUAAGAUGUGGUCGAGGACUUCCAAAAAUUCUCCUUUUUUUUUAAACAACAUAGAACCCAAAUGCAAAAAAAUAGAAAAAUCCAACCUUUUAUUUAAGUACAUUACUUUGGUGGUAAAAAAAAUAAUCACACAUUUAGAAAAAAAUAAACUUGAAAUCAUGUGUCCCACAAUUAUUGGCACCCCUAACAAUUCCGCUGAAAAUUUUAAUUGAUUUUUUAAAAAAUAUAUUUUUCUGUAGUUGCUAAAGUUGGUCAGAGUAUCUAGGAACUUUUAAUUAGUAAUUCAUGACUUCCUGUUUCCCUGGGGUAUAAAUAUGACGUGACACAGAGGCCUAAUUCUCUUACCCAUUUGUCAACAUGGCAAAGACAAGAGAACACACCAUUCAAGUAAGGCAGAUUUGUGUUGACCUUCAUAAGUCAGGCAAUGGCUACAAGAAAAUAGCCACUCGCCUUAACUUGCCCGUAUCUACAGUCAGAGGAAUCAUUAAGAAGUUUAAAACAACUGGAACAGUGACAAACAAGGCUGGAAGAGGUCCCAAGUUUAUCUUGCCACAACACACAGUGAGGAGGAUGGUAAGAGAAGUAAAAAAAAGUCCUAAGCUCACUGUCACAGAAUUGCAUCAAAUAGUGGCAUCUUGGGGUCACAGUCUCCAAAACAACCAUCAGACGCUCUCUACAUGCCAACAAGCUGUUUGGGAGGCAUGCAAGGAAAAAGCCUUUUCUCACUAACACUCACAAACGUAAACGUCUGGAGUUUGCUAAGCGGCACUGGGACUUCAACUGGGAUCGUGUGCUUUGGUCAGAUGAGACUAAGAUUGAGCUUUUUGGCAACAAACACUCUAAGUGGGUCUGGCGUAAAACAAAAGAUGAGUAUGCCGAAAAGCACCUCAUGCCCACCGUGAAGUAUGGUGGAGGAUCUGUGAUGCUGUGGGCCUGUUUCUCUUCCAAAGGCCCUGGGAACCUUGUUAGGGUGCAUGGCAUUAUGAACGCUUUGAACUACCAGGACAUUUUAAAUAAAAACCUGAUGGCCUCUGCCAGAAAGCUGAAGAUGGGUUGUCAUUGGGUCUUUCAGCAGGAUAAUGAUCCAAAACAUGUGGCAAAAUCUACACAAAAAUGGUUCAGCAGUCACAAACUCAAGGUCCUCCCAUGGCCAUCUCAGUCCCCAGACCUCAACCCAAUCGAAAACCUGUGGGGCGAGCUAAAGAGGAGAGUGCAUAAGAGAGGACCCAGGACACUGGAUGAUCUAGAAAGAUUGUGCAAAGAAGAAUGGUCAAAGAUCCCUCUCUCUGUGUUCUCCAAUCUUGUGAAAUGUUAUAGGAGGAGAUUAAGUGCUGUCUUGUUGGCAAAAGGGGGUUGUACAAAGUAUUAACAUCAGGGGUGCCAAUAAUUGUGGGACACAUGAUUUAAAGUUUUUUUUUUUCUAAAUGUGUGAUUUUUUAUUUUUUUACACCAAAGUAAUGUACUUAAAUAAAAGGUUGGAUUUUUCUCUUUUUUUGCAUUUGGGUUCUAUGUUGUUUUAAAUUUUUUUUAGAAUUUUUGGAAGUCCUCGACCACAUCUUAAACAGGGGUGCCAAUAAUUGUGGAGGGCACUGUAUGUGUGUGUGUGUUUGUAUGUGUGUGUGUGUGUGUGUGUGUGUAAUUUAGCGGAUACUUUUAUCCUAAGCGACUUACAGUAAUGCGUGCAUACAUUUUACAUAUGGGUGGUCCCCGGCCUUCUCUGUGUCCUGUAGUCACUCCUACACCAGUGACCCAGCCCAAGUCGUAUGUCCUCUCCCCCAGCCUGCUUGGAGACCUGGAAGGCCUGUCUCUCGCCAACGUCUCCUCCACCAUGCAGGUGAGUGUGUGUACUGUCUGACUGUCUGUGUCAGUUUGUCUAUCCCUCCCUCUGUGUCCACUGGAUCCUGUGUGUCUGGUUGACAGAGCUGAGAGAGAGACAACAUACAGUAGUGUGUCUCUGAAUGAGUUGGUCUCUCCAGUGGCUGAGAUAUCUCCUCGUGAGGUUGGCUACUGACCUUUUCCUCCUCCCUGAACAUAUUUAUAUCUCCUCUCUCCUCUCCUCCUCUCCAUCCCUCCCUCUCAUACAAGUGCACUGCCUGUGCAUUUCUCUGUCUCUCUAUCUGCCCUGUUCAUACAGCCUUCGAUGCCACCCUCCAUCCAUCCCCCUCUCCCAUCUCUCUUUCCACCUCUCCCUCCAUCUCUCUGUCAGUCGUUCCUUCCCUGUUGUCUCUGUACAGUGUGUCUAUGCACGAUGGUUGACCUUUUCCAAGUGUAAUGGCUCUUUCUCUCUUUGGUCUUGAGAUUUCUGUGCGCGUGUUGGCCAUGCACUUGCACUAGUUUAGCUGAGGACCGUGUGUGACCAACCAAUCAAUAUAAGCUAAUCCAUUAGAGAGCCGAUAUGUCCCAAUAACAUCACCGUAACGUCCCAUAUUGUUCCUAUUACAUUCCUUAGCUACAAAAAAGAAGUUCCCUCAGGGAAGAAGUUCCCUUAUGUAUCCAAUCUUUUAGUUAUUUUUGUAGUUUUCUGUCCUCACUCGUCCAGGGCUUUUGUGUCAGUGUGCGCGCGCGCGCGCGUGUGUGUGUGUGUGUGUGUGUGUGUGUGUGAGAGUCUGUUCCUACGCUUUUGAAAGUAAGUAGCAAGAGGGUUGUGAGGUUAUUUACCCCAGUCUAUGAAUCCUGAUGGCCAUCAUGUAUUUAUGCAUAGGAUUGACUCUCAAUCAGAUGCUGAUGUGCAAACAGCACCCUGUUUAAUCUGCAAUUCUAUUCUCUAUUACUGCCCGGCCUUCACCUUUCAGUACACACACCACUCUGCAUACAGACAGGCCUGGGAAGGGCUGUCAAUCUCACACACACUCUCUCUCACACACACACACACACACACACACACACACACACACACACACGCAGUAUCACCCACUCACUCACUCCCUAUCUCUCUCACACACACACAAAUUGACACACACACACACCAUCUCCUUCACACACUUGCCCUGGUGUCAUUUCUAUUUCUCACCAAUCCGCCCGCAGAAGCAGUGAGUGUGUCUCAGCUGAGCGCUUUGGUCCCUUUUAGAGAAUUACUGCAUGGUUAUCAAAGACAUUUACAUUAACCCUGGUCACCGUCUCUGACCUCUCCUCUCCUCUAUCUCCCUCUCUUCUUCUCCCCCCUCUUUUUCCCUUUCUCUCUCCCUCUCUUCCCUUUCUCUCUCUCUCUUUCUCUCUCUUCUCUCUCUCUUUCAUGCUCCCUCUCUCUAAUAACAUUUUGACAUUAAAGGAUCUCUCACAAAUGCAUUUUAAACCACCCCACCCUGCCACACACCCUCCGUCCGCUGUCCAUGUGUAUGGGGGGGUUGGCUAAGGCUGAUAACUUUUCAUUCAUAAUUAGCAUUGGGCGAAUGAGGCUGCGUUGGGGGGAAAUUGAACUGUCAGCAGCAGGGCGCGGGCCGUUUGACCCCAUCACACCCGGAGGGGGCCCAUCAUAAUUUGUUCAUUUGGUGCCCAUCAGGCGGUCCCCUCCUCCCCCGUCUCCCCACUCUGACCUCCCCCGGUGUGGGCGCGCUGGGUUAAGGUCUAAUUAUGAGUCAGCAGUGGGCUGGGAAAGGCAGGAAUAUCGCAGCCCUGCCCUCCACACACCCCUACCUGCCACUCACACACACACACACACACACACACACACACACACACACACACACACACACUGGCUGGGUAUAAAUAGGUUUAAAUGCCCUGUAGGAAAUAGUGCAAUAUGCAAUCGGUUGGUUUUGAUGGGAUGGGAUGUGGCUGGGUGAGUGUGUGAGGGGGUUGUCUGUCUGUGUCUGUCUGUCUGUCUCUGAAUCAAGUCCCUGAUGCAAAGGCUUCAAUUAAACUGAUGCCACCAUAGUAAGAUUUACUGACUGAGUCUUGGUGUACCAUAACUAUCCAUGUUUCUUUGAAAGUAACCAGAUGAAUCACUUAAAACAAAAUCAUAUAUAGUGAUGAAUGGUCCCAGAUGAGCUAACCUCCGUCGAUGUGCUUUGGGCUAACUAACUCCUGUUGGUUUAAUAUGGUUGUAGGUGACAGCAGUGACAUCGAGCUGACUCCUUCUAGUCAAGGUCUUCUGAUAGACUGACUCAAUUAAUUGUCAUCUCCUGACUGACUGAAGGGAACAAUUACAAUCAGAUGCGUCUCUUACACCCGUUUCUCUUUCUGUCUGUCUCUCAUACAAUCUCACAACAUAAUGAAAUCCUCUUUCGGAAGUAACAAGCAGCCAAUGUCACAAAAGCAGAAAUGGAUUUUCAAUACAUCCCCAUACAUCUCCUAACACGCACUCUUUCUCUUAAAUUGGACAUCUUAUGCGUCCACAUGCUCGCCAGACGCCCUGUUACGGUUAGCCCCUUUUGAAUAUGUCAGCGGGAUUUUCAGGUCGUUUUCCAAAGAGGAUGCUGGGAGGGAGUGAGCGUGUCGUCCCGUUGUGUGUGUGUGUGUGUGUGUGUGUGUGUGUCCAGGCUCUGAAGGUGACUGGCGUGUGUGUCAUCCAUCACAGUAGCUUCCUUUAAGUUGAGACAUAAUAGAGCCUCUCAAUCAACUUCCUCUCCCAUUGUCAGCUUCCCCGAAGUCUAGAAGAGACAAGACAAAAAGAGACAUACCCUGUGUGUGUGUGUGUGUGUGUGUGUGUGUGCAUGUGUGCGUGCCACAGUGGAGUCAAGGUUACAUCCCUAGUCUGCUGUUAUUUACACUUUGGGUCUGGAGGAUGCCUCCUGCCUCACAGGCCAACAGUGGCGGAAGACAUGGGGAGGUUGUGUGUGUGUUAAGCCGUCACUGUCCACUGUGUCAAAUUGGUGAUGAUAAGCGGUUUGAAGCCCUGUCCUAUCCUGUCCUCCUUUCCUCCCUGCAUCCCUCCCUCCUCUCAGGGGUGUUAGACAGGACCUUGAGUGCAGAGUGAGGCAGGAUGUGCUUGUCAGGAAGGUAAAUCUGCAUUGUGACGGGGUGGCAGACAUUAUGGCCAGCUUUAUCGACAACGACUGCUCUGACACGGACAAACGUGGCCCGAUAAAUGUCCCUCGUUGGCGUGACGGGCGAGUGUGAGGGUGCCGCGCUACGACAGCACGCCGGCAAAUGUUUGUAUGACCCCCUUCCUGUCUGUGUGUCCAGGAUGUCUGGGGGUACGCGUCACAAAACGUCACGUCUAGGCUGACCAUAGGAGGUUUGAGAUCACCUCCUCUUCUCUGUGUCGUUGUAUGAAGAUAACCUCCUCUUCUUCUGUAUAAAGAAAAACCUUUGACUGUGAUUAGCCAGCCAGUUCCUGUUUACUAACUAAACAGUGUCAUUGAACGCUGAAUCAGUUAGGGGCCCAGGGCAGUAACACACAAGAGAUGGCACUUUGACUUCCAUCUCCUCAGCCCCCUGUUGUAUUUCAAACUGAUUCUCCACACUCACACACCAUGACAGUCCUGAGAAUGCCUCACACACAUCUCUUCUUCUCUCCCCCACUCCCUUCUCCUAUUGUCUGAUCUGGAACAGACUGGCAAUCCGUCCACCCACCUCCAUCUCCUGUCAAACAACGCGUUUCUGACACCUCUCAAAACCCUGUGUGUGUGUUCCCAUUUCAGAAAUGAGGAGUUAUAUUCGCCCCCUCAUUUCACUCUCACCGUUUCACACAUUUGUUUGCUUGGACCCGUUUUAUCUUGCUUGUUGUCGUUGAGUUUUUUGACAUUGCGUUGUGAGAUUUCGCACACCUCUUUCUAUUGUUCCCCCCUCUAUCCCUUCCCCUCACUCUGUCCAUCUCGCCGCUUGUCGAGGUUAACACAUAGCACCAGCAGCCGCAGGUGUAACGGAGGGAUUCAUGAAGUGUUAACUACUCGUUUUAGCGUUCUCACACUUUACUCUCAUUAACACGUUGAUAUCCAUGUGUCUGUCUGACAGAGGCAGGGAGGUGCGUGUUAAGCUGGUAGAGUUAUGGGCAUUAUAUAGCCAAGUUAGUAAAUAGGCAAUAUGUAGCCAUGAUAGUCCUGAAAUUUCAAUAGAAAAGGAGAGCCGCUCUAGGAGCUCAGAUGCAAUAAUUUUAUAACCAACGUUUCGACACCCAAGCUGUCUUCAUCAGAGUAUAAAGAUGGCUUGGCUGUCGAAACGUUGGUUAUUAAAUGAUUGCAUCUGAGCUCCUAGAGUGUGUGGCUCUCCUUUUCUUUUCCAAGUGUUCUACUCCGCUAGCCAGCACCUCGCCUAAACAGAUGUGCGUUUCUUUCGCCUCCAGUGCUGAUAUUUAGACAGUUCUGUCUAUACUGCAUGGCUGGGCUCAGUGUCAACAGGGCAGCCUUUUACUGUUAAUGAGGAUUGAGCCAAUAAGCAGGGUCACAUUUUUAUGAGUUUAUUCUCCUAUUCACACAUGAAUGUGACAUGAAUGGUUACACAUCAAUGUUACAAAAUGCUACUUUUCAAUCCUCAUUAAAAGUAGCAUUUUGAUUUUGUAACCGUUUUUGAUGGGGAUAUUGCAAUGGUGGGUCGUUUUGUGCCUAUGCAAAGUGUUACGAAACCACCUAGCCAACUUAGGUUUAUUUGUUUUUGCAUGUAGCCUAAUUGUUGUUGCAUCAGUCUUUGUCUGUAAAGUAGAUGCCUUGUACCAGUAUACAUAGGCCUAGAUACAAGCAAAUGUAUAGUGCUACUGUAGGGUUGAUCCUCUUCAGUCGAGAGGAGGCCAUUGCCACUGUCAAAUGGAUGAGUGGAGAGAGAGCAGAGUCAAGCCGGUUUAGCCGAAUAAGAACAGACCAAAAAAAGAAUGAGAAGGACCAUGCUAAUGUAGGGAGUGGGAAAAUAAAGAACAAGAAAACACUCUGCUUAAACCCAAGAACGUGUCAGUACGUUUCUCCUCCUGGCAUGGUGUUUUGUCCUGCCUUUCUGUGCUAUGGUAAUUACAUUUUCUGCUGGUGAAAAGGUAAAAGCUCUGUUAAUAGAGAGCUGAAUGGCAGGCCCAGAGCAGGCCUCUAGUGUUGCCAUUCAUUAAGCCUGAGCAGUCCUUCAGCCUGCCAUCAGACCCACUCACUACUAGUCUGACUGGUUGGGGACGUAGGACGAAUAAUACAAAUAAUAAUACAUUGGGUUUAUAUGGGGCUUUUCUAGAACAUUGAAAUGGGCCCUUUUCAAGGGAGAAUGGUUGUGUUUUAAUGAACAGAGCUAGGCUUAAGUUGUCAACAAACCCUCAGUUGUUCUGCAGUCGAAACAAAGUAGAAUAGCCUAACCACUGAUUGUAGAUGGUAAAUAAAUAUUGAAUGAGGUAUGCUGGGCCUACGCUAUCAAAGCUAUCAACCAACAAAUGAAAAGAGUAACUAAGUAUUUGUACGUGUGGGUCAUGUGGGUUUGCUUACCUUACAAAGACCAUGUCGGUCAAAACGUUAUCAACCAACCUUCAGCUUUUUUAGAUCAUACCUUUCAUACUUUCGCCUGUCCUCUCUAUCUGUGGUCCAGGUGAGCGGUUACACGAUUUUGUCCCAAAGAAGUGCCUCUGUCUCGCUCUCUCUGUCUGUCUCUGUAUACUCACCCCUGUCCUCUUUCCUGUGUCACCCUCCUCCAGGUGAGCGGUCCAGCGUUUGUCCCAGAGAAGAGCCAUGACCUGCUGCAUCGUAUGACAGGUAAAGGUCUGUCAGCCCAGUACCAGUUCCCCAGACAGCCUUGUCUCUACCAGCCCACCAUGGUCUCAGUCCAGAUCAGCCUGACCAACACCUCAGACCACCCUCUGGAACAGAUCCACAUCGGAGACAGGAGCCCCACAGGACUCAACAUAUACUGCUUCAAUACUAUAGGUGAGUUAGAUAAUACACUGCUUCAAUACUAUAGGUGAGUUAGAUAAUACACUGCUUCAAUACUAUAGGUGAGUUAGAUAAUACACUGCUUCAAUACUAUAGGUGAGUUAGAUAAUACACUGCUUCAAUACUAUAGGUGAGUUAGAUAACAUAAUACACUGCUUCAAUACUAUAGAGUGCAUUCGAAAAGAAUUCAGACCCCUUGACUUUUUACACAUUUUGUUACGUUACAGCCUUAUUCUAAAAUGGAUUAAAUUAUAUUUUUUCCCUCAUCAAUCUACACACAAUAUCCCAUAAUGACAAAGCAAAAAUUUAGCUAAUUUAUUAAAUAAGAAAAACUGAAAUAUCGCAUUUACAUAAGUAUUCAGACCCUUUACUUAGUACUUUGUUGACGCACCUUUGGCAGGAAUUACAGCCUUGAGUCUUCUUUGGUAUGACGCUACAAGUUUGGUACACCUGUAUUUGGGGAGUUUCUCCCAUUCUUCUCUGCAGAUCCUGUCAAUCUCUGUCAGGUUGGAUGGGGAGCGUCGCUGCACAGCUAUUUUCAGGUCUCUCCAGAGAUGUUCGAUCGGGUUCAAGUCCGGGCUCUGGCUGGGCCACUCAAGGACAUUCAGAGACUUGUCCCGAAGCUACUCCUGUGUUGUCUUGGCUGUGUGCUUAGGGUCGUUGUCCUGUUGGAAGGUGAAUCUUCACCCCUGUUUGAGGUCUUGAGCUCUCUGGAGCAGGUUUUCAUCGAUCUCUCUGUACUUUGCUCCAUUCAUCUUUCCCUCAAUCCUGACGAGUCUCCCAGUCCCUGCCGCUGAAAAACAUCCCCACAGCAUGACGCUUCCACCACCAUGCUUCACCGUAGGGAUGGUGCCAGGUUUCCUCCAGACGUGACGCUUGGCAUUCAGGCCAAAGAGUUCAAUCUGGGUUUCAUCAGACCAGAGAAUCUUGUUUCUCAUGGUCUGAGAAUCUUUAGGUGCCUUUUGGCAAACUCCAAGCGGGCUUUCAUGUGUCUUUUACUGAGGAGUGGCUUCCGUCUGGUCACUCUACCAUAAAGGCCUGAUUGGUGGAGUGCUGCAGAGAUGGUUGUCCUUCUGGAAGGUUCUCCCAUCUCUAGAGCUCUGUCAGAGUGACCAUCGGGUUCUUGGUCACCUCCCUGACCAAGGCCCUUCUCCCCUGAUUGCUCUGUUUGGCCGGGCGGCCAGCUCUAGGAAGAGUCUUGGUGGUUCCAAACUUCUUCCAUUUAAGAAUGAUGGAGGCCACUGUGUUCUUGGGGACCUUCAAUGCUGCAGAAAUGUUUGGGUAAUUCACUGCUUCAAUACUAUAGGUGGGUUAGAUACACUACAUGACCAGAGGUAUGUGGACACCUGCUCGUGGAACAUCUCAUUCCAAAAUCAUGGGCAUUAAUAUGGAGUUGGUCCACCCUUUUGCUGCUAUAACAGCCUCCACUCCUCUGGGAAGGCUUUCCUCUAGAUGUUGGAACAUUGCUGCGGGGACUUGCUUCCAUUCAGCCACAAGAGCAUUAGUGAGGUCGGGCACUGAUUUUGGGCCAUUACGCCUGGCUCACAGUCGGCGUUCCAAUUCAUCCCAAAGGUGUUAGAUGGUGUUGAGGUCAAAGCUCUGUGCAUGUCAGUCAAGUUCUUCCACACCGAUCUCGACAAACCAUUUCUGUAUGGACCUCGCUUUGUUUACGGGGGCAUUGUCAUGCCGAAACAGGAAAGGGCCUUCCCUAAACUGUUGCCACAAAGUUGGAAGCACAGAAUUGUCUAGAAUGUCAUUGUAUGCUGUAGCAUUAAGAUUUCCCUUCACUGGAACUAUGGGGCCUAGCCCAAACUGUGAAAAACAGCCCCAGACCAUUAUUCCUCCUCCACCAAACUUUACAGUUGGCACUAUGCACUUGGGAAGAUAGGGUUCUCCUGGUAUCCGCCAAACCCAGAUUUGUCUGUCAGGACUGCCAGAUGGUGAAGCGUAAUUCAUCACUCCAGAGAACGCAUUUCCACUGCUCCAGAGUCCAAUGGCGGCGAGCUUUACAUCACACCAGCCGACGCUAGGCAUUGUGCGUGGUGAUCUUAGGCUGCUCGGCCAUGGAAACCCAUUUACAUGAAGCCCCCGACUAAACAGUUCUUGUGCUGACGUUGCUUCCAGAGGCAGUUUGGAACUCGGUAGUGAGUGUUGCAACCGAGGACAGACGAUUUUAAUGCGCUAUGCGCGUCAGCACUCAGCGGUCCCGUUCUGUGAGCUUGUGUGGCCUACCACUUCGCAGCUGAGCCGUUGUUGCUCCUAGACAUUUCCACUUCACAAUAACAACUCUUACAGUUGACUGGGGCAGCUCUAGCAGGGCAGAAAUUUGACUAACUGACUUGUUGAAGUGGUUGCAUCCUAUGACGGUGCCACGUUGAAAGUCACUGAGCUCUUCAGUAAGUCCAUUUUACUGCCAAUGUUUGUCUAUGGAGAUUGCAUGGCUGUGUGCUCGAUUUUAUACACCUGUCAGCAACAGGUGUGGCUGAAAUAGCCGAAUCCACUAAUUUGAAGGGGUGUCCACAUACUUUUGUGUAUAUAGUGUGUCUUCAUUCAUAACACAUACACAUACAUAUCCCUCUGAGGCCAGACAUGAAAGAAAAGCAAAAGAAGAGAAAAAAAAACAAGAUGAAAAGGAGUGCGCUCAAGCGCGUUAAAAGCAUCAAUUGGCUGUGGAUUGAUUGGGCAUUGAAGGAACUCGGGCAGCCAAACACUGGGUAAUUUGGAUCGAUUGAGCUUAGAGUGUGGGGGUGUGUGUGAGAGUAGAGUUGGUUUUCAUAUUGAGCAGGAGAAAGUGAAUGCGGACGGAAUACCUUACUUUACCCCACAGUGUAUUUAACCUCGUAAAGAAAUGUUAGACUAGCACGUGGCUAUUCCUACAGCAGCAUAGCCCACAAUGUCUUUCAACAUAUCGGUCUCUUCUAUAUGUCAGCAUCUACUGUAGUAAAGUCCACUUUUCUCUUAAAACUGAAAUGGAGAGGGGGAGGAGGAGGAGAGAAAGAAAGAGUGCGAUGAAGUGAGAGAAAUGUGAAAAGGGAAGAGAGAGACAGAGAAAGAGGGGUGAUUGAGGCAUAGAAAGCAGUGGAGAGAAAGAGAGUGUAUGAUGGCUCUGUUUCCAGUGUCUGUCCUCUGGUGUCCAGGGUCCUUUCUUCUCUCCUCUGUGUGAGACAGAGUUCCGCUCCACAGAGAGACAGAGAAACACAGGGUUGCUCAGGAGACCGUGGAGGAUCCUUCUGUCUGUCUGUCUGUCUUUCGGCCUAUCGCUCCCUCUUUCGUCCUCAUCCUUCUUACUUUCACUCUCACCUCGAUCUCACAGAUCUCUCUCUGCUUCAUGUCUUUCUCUCUUCUCUCUCAUCCCCCAAUGUCUUUUCCUCCUUUAUACAUAUCCAUCUCCCCCCUCUUUUACUAUUUCUCUCUCUCUCCUUCUUCUCUUUAGACCCUGACAUUCUCUUUGACAACCCUGUUGUUUUGGAAAAUGUUUCUGUCUUUCGUCUCGUUGUGGAGGAUGAGAUUGAAAGAUGGAUUUCUCACACGCGUUGGCCUUGCUUUGUGAAGUAGAAAACACAAGUGGUGUCUGUAUGCCUGUCUGUUCCACUCUAAUGACCUCCCCAUGUCCCUCUUCUUCCUCUGCCCGUGUCACUCACUCCUCUCUUUUCAUUCUUCUCUCUGUUCCCAGAGUGUCUGCAGCCAGAGGCCUCGGUGACUGUGUCUUUGGGCAUCGACUUCAACGACUCAACACAAGCAGCCAACUUCCAGCUGUGGUAAGAUACUCUGACGUCUAGUCUAGCUCUCCUCUCCUCUCCUCUCCUCUCCUCUCCUCUCCUCUCCUCUCCUCUGCUCGCUGAUCAGAAAACCUGUUUGGGAGAGAGCUAAUUAAUCUUUCCCAAAAUGCAAUCACCCAGUGUGUUUUGCAUGACAAUCAGAAUAGAGAUGGAGAAAACGUCAAACACACACAUUACACACGCAGCUGUACACACACACACACCACUCAUUUCAAAGAGGGGCUUGUUGAUCUGUUGUCCUGUUUAUCCAUCAGUACGAAGGAGGACCAGUUCAGUGUGUCCAUCCAGCCUGCCGUAGGAGAACUCUUCCUACCCAUCACGAUGACCGAACAGGACUUCCGCAAGGAGCAAGGUAAGUUAUUAUACACCGUUAACUACAAAGAAAAUCAUAAUCAUUAUCUUGCACAAUCAGACAAAACAUUAGCUACAUUAUCAUCACCAUGACCGAUCACUGGUGUUUAGCAUUAGUCACUGUGAAAGACGUGCUGUAGUCAAAGCAGUAACAAAUGCAGUUUGUAGGUAAUGACUUCAUAAGUGGGGCCAAUAAUUACUGGCCUGCUUUCUAUGGAGGCUUUCUAUGAAUUUAAUAAUAAAGAAACAUUCAACUUUGAUUCGCCUCCCUGAGUGAUUGAAUAUAUUUUACACACACACACACACACACAGAGAGCGAGAGACACACACACACACACACACACACACCUCCCACUCCUGUGUAUAUAAGAGGCAUUGAGAGAAUUCAGUAUGUAGGCUACCACUCUUCUCUAAGUGCCUGCUAAAUGCCUUCCUCGUCUUGUUAAUUCAUUAAUGAACCUUCAUUCACUAUAGUCCUAUUCUGAGCUCUCCUCCUCAUAGCAAUCCGAGAGAAGAGGAUAGGAGACCGAACGGCUAGAUUUAACCCGCCCCUCUCUUUUAAAGAUGAUUUAAACCAAACCACUUUACUUCUCUUCAGGUGGUUUUUAGAAACAUGUUUGUUGUUACUUUGACCUGAAUGGAGUAUUUUCCCCUUGGCUAACUUGUGCCCCCUCCACCCCACCCCACUCACUCUAAACUCCCCCCCUCCCCCAGUCCUCAUUAAAUGCUCUUUCUGGAGUGUUGGGAGCUAUUGUGUUGUCCAAAAACGCACUUUCUUUCUUCGUCUUAUUCACAGUCAAGCUCUCAAGCACUAUGUUCAUUUCCUGUCGUUUGUCAGAAUCAGAAGACUGGCUGUGUGUCACUGUUUGUGGAGUACAGUGAACAGUUAGUUUGUGAGGAUUCUUCUCCAGCGCACCUGCAACGCAAUCUCUAGAUGUGAUGUGAGUGCAUAAUUUCACUUGUUUCUGUUUCUCACCCAAUCAGGUAAACUGCUGGGCAUGAACGAGAGCUCGGCAACCAUCACCAUGGCAGCAGAGAACACGACCAGCCAACCAAUCAGCAGACAGGUGGCAACCGUGGCCAACCUGGGAGUGGUUCCAUCCGGUCAAGACAACCUCCACAGGUGAGAUGUGUGUCUGUGCGUGUGUCUGCAUGUGAAGGCUUGCUGUGUAAUUGGUGUACACAGGGUGUGCUAAUGAGCUUCCUCCUCCGUCACGCACACCCACACA